AUGUCUGACAGAGAGUUGAAAGCUCUUUCCCAAGAGGAAAUGCGUAAAAGGUUAUACCAGACAUUUAAAGAAAAGGGUAUUUUGGAUUCACUCAAGGUAUGUUAUUUUAUGUUAUAUAAUAUUGCGGUAUGAAGGCAACGCAUAUGUGGAUAAAUGUCAUCACAGGGCAGCUGGUAAAUUUAUAUUACCAAGCCUAGUGGUAUGUCCCCUUGAUGUUACUUUUGCUAUGACUGGCUUUAGUGAUGUCGACAGUUUUGAGUUCCCUGUUUAUAUAGCCUAACUCUUGGGUUCUCUGUUGUCCUGUUUUGUUGUAUAGAGCAGGUACUUAUCCCAGGGUUCAUUGUCGCCAACCUUCAUACCCCAGGCAUCCAGGAGGAGCUGCCAAAUCCUAUGUGUUCACCUCCAAAGAUUCUGAGUUACAACUGCUGACAUUAUUGCUGAAGACUUGUUUCUUGGCUAUCUAUCCAUCCUGAUCCCUGGUAACAGUUUUGUGAAUAGCACUGCAUCCAGCAGUCUUCUGAGCUGCUAAGCCACAGCUCAGCCUUUCUCCAGAGCCAGGGCAGGAUUCCCUGUCUCUUGUAGUUGCAUACAUGUUAAACAGAUAUUACACAGUAAGGAAGAAGCAAAAUUUCAAUCUAUUCCAUCCAUAUCAGAAGAACAAGUCAUAUAGCUGCAGUUAUAAGCUAUUGUGUUCAGUGGCACAGUAAUAGGUUAUUAUGAUGCUUAGAGUGACUCUUUUAGGUUACCAGCUUUAUCAAAGAAACCAUGUAACACUAACAAUUAUAUUGAUGCUUUGUCAUUGUUUGUUUUAAUCCACUUGUUUAACUGCUCUUGUGGAAAUACUGUAACUAUUUGAAAUGGCAAAAUGUUUGAAUUCUGAAUGUAUAUCAUCAUUACAGCACUGUUCAUAAAGGCACAGUUUUAAAUGUAAAGCGGUUACAAAAUCUUAAAAUCUUCUGUACUGGGAAACAAUACAUUUUGUCCACUGAUAUCGCUGUGCUUAAGUUAUUUGCUUCUGGAUGUGUGCUGGAGCAUUUCCAUUAAUCUUUGUCUUACCGAUGUUCUGUAGUCUCUUGGCUGCUGGCUUUGUUGUUAUGGUGUCUCAUACUAAAAUGCCAUACCAUUUUAUCUUUGUUAGUCACAACUCCGAAACCAUCUUAUCCAUGAACUGAAACAUCAAGCUUUCAGCGGAGCACAGAGCCUUUUGUCUGAAAAUCUUAACAAGGAAUCUCUAAUACACAGAGCUUCCAACAGCUUGGUAGCUGAUCACUUGGCACGUUGUGGUUAUGAGUACACGCUCUCUGUCUUUUAUCCAGAGUGCGGAUUAGAAAAAGAAAAGGUGAGUUGUUUUUCUAGUUCUUUUUUCUGCAGAUACUUUUACAUCAAGUAGAGGUGUAUAAAUGAUUGGUUGAUAUAAUCGCAUAGUGUUGGGCAAUAUUAAACAAUGUAUAAUGCAACCUAGCUUGAUGGAACUGGAGGUUCAAAUCACAACAGAGAUUUUUCUCCUUCCAGAAUCAAUAAAAUGAGUACCAUGAAAGGAGCUUUCUAAGUAUAAACAUGCAUUUCUAACUAUUCUAGGCCCCCCUGUGAAAUUUAAAUAAAAGAUUUUUACUUACCUUUACUCCCAUGCCGUGCCUGCCUUGCCACAGCCACCACUCCAUCCAUGGCUGAUAUCAUCAGUGACAAUGAACUCAGCCAAUCCAAUGCUUCCCCAUAGGGAGGCAUUGGAGGACUACAGAGCACGCAUGGUAAUAUCUGCUCUGAGCCACUCCUCAUCUCCUUAUAGUGAUGCAUUAGCUCAGUGCAUAAGCAUGAACACUUUGAGUGUUUUACCUGCAAAGAUUGCAGUACUGCAGUAGGAAGCAUUUCUAGUGGCUGUCUGAGUGACGGCCUGGAGAAGUGUUUUUACAGCUCAAUAUAGUUCUCAGAAAAGGCAGUGUUUACAAGUGAGAGAGUACAGGGACAGUCUCUACACUAAGAUAGAGGGGUUCUGGUGCUUAGUGUUAAAAGGAAACUAGCAUUAGGAAGACAACACUUUAGAGUUUCUUCCUAUCCUUUAGAUUUAUGGCUUCCCAUGUAAGCAUGAUCUCACCCAAAAUGAGUGACCACUACUAGAAGUGUCCUUAGGAACAAAUGUAAACACAGAAACGGCAAUGUUUAAACAUGAGCAACUGCAAGGACAGUCUAUUUGAACCUACACUACUUCAGUCAUUUUUGUUGUUUUGGUUGUUUUGUUGUUUUGGUGCUUAAAAUGUCACUCUAGUUUGCAUAAUACUAACUUCUAGACCUCAGAACAUAACUGAAAAUUAUGGAUCCUUUCUGAUCAAAUACAUUUUCCACCCUUGAUUCACUUAAAAUAUUAGUUUUUUUUUUAUUACAGUCCUGCUAAAAUAAUCAAAGUUUUUUUUUAAAGAGGAGCUGUCACUUUCCCAUAUCAUGCGUUUGACAGUUCACAAUUUUAAUAAACCCAUGUAAGGGUGUUCAUAUAUUAAAGUACAUAUAAUUCUGUUUAUAUGCAAGUAAGGGCAAGCCAAGACACAGGAUUUGCAAUUCCUCUCCUGUAAAUGAGGGAUAGUUUUGUUAUGGCAGCCAUAGGUGAAGUGAGCGAAAGGGAGAAAUAUAUAAAGAGUAUUUGCACAAAAAUACCAUAUAUCUUAUCUUAAGAUCAACUCAUCUUAUUUUAAGGACUAAAAACAUAUACAUCAUACCUACAUUUUUACCCCAGCAUGCACAACCUGUAAGUGGGAGUUAUGUAUAUAAACGUUUGCUUUUGCUUUUAUGUAUAUUAAAUGUCACUUUCACUUUUUAUGUGCUUUUUUUCUGCUUUUAUUGUAAAAACAGCACAGUGGCAUUCUUGUGUUGAAAGGCUGCCCUCCCAUUCAAACAUGUCAGCAUAUGGCCUUAUUGUCCACAAAUUAAUGUGCUCCUGUGCUACACCUAACAUCUGUUCUGUUUUACUUUGUGAAAGCAUUAAAGGGACACUAUAGUCACCAAAACAACUUUAGCUUAAGGAAGCAGUUUUGGUGUAUAGAUCAUGAUCCUGCAGUCUCAAUGCUCAAAUCUCUGCAGUUUAGGAUUUAAAUCCUUUUUGUUUCUGUCCAUGCAGCCCUAGUCACACCUCCCCUGGCUGUGACUCACACAUCAUGCAUAGAAAAAAAACAUGGUUUCACUUUCAAUUAGAUGUAACUUACUUUAAAAGUUCUUAUUGCCUGCUCUUUAAAGUGAGCUCUAGUCAUACACAGAAUGCUUCUGUGGGGUCUAGCAAGCUAUCAACAGUGCAAUGAAGGAAGUAUAAACAUUAGCUGACUCUUUACUGGAAGUGUUUAGAAAGGCUGUGCAAGUCACAUGCAGGGAGGUGUGACUAGGGUGCAUAAACAAAGGGAUUUAACUCCUAGAUGGCAGAGAAUUGAGCAGUGAGACUUUAGGGGCAUGAUCUAUGCACCAAAACUGCUUCAAUGAGCUAACGUUGUUUUGGUGAAUAUAGUGUCCUUUUAACUUUUGUUUUAUAAAUUAAAAUGUUUGUUUGAAUGCAGACCAUUUAAUAUGUUGCUUGUUGUUUUAAUUAAAGAUUUUCAGUGCUGAUGACUUACUGCAUCUGAUGAAAAUCCAUCCUAAAUCCAAACUGUACAAGUUUAUGGUAAUAUGUGAUUUUAUUUACUUUUUAAUAGCUCUUCUGUUUAUUUUUUGUUUGUUUUUGUUUAUUCUUAUACUGAUGUAUGUUUUCUUUGUUUUUUUGUAUUGCAGAUAUCAAGUCUUCAAGAUAAAAAUGCAAAAGGUAAGUUUGUUUGACUUGUUGGUUUCCUUCUAAAAUUGACUCUUUGACUUUUAAUUUAACAACUUUCUCUAGCACAGUAUUUUGUGUUUAAUAAUCUUUUAAUUUAUGUGACUGUGAAUUAAAUCUAUGAGAAAAAGAGUUCACUGUUUUGAAAGGUAUUUAAAAUAUUAUUUCUAAACAUUAUCAUUCCUUACAUUAAUGCAAUGUUCUCUAACUGAUGAAAGGAAAGUUGUCUCCUGUUGUCAAAAAUAUCAAAGAAUCCACAUAUAUUUUUUAUUUCUGUUUAAAACAAACAAAAAAAGUUGUUUUAAGUGUUCACAAAUGACAUGGAUCUGUGUUCCAUUCACUUUAAUUACUUUCAGAUUUGAACUACCUUCAGCUAACCAUAAAUGUAACUGCUUUUUGUUUCGUACAAUUGCUUAUAACCUCUCUGUUUUGUUAUUUAAUAUCAGGUUUUCUGUUUCAAAUGCUAACCGAGAUGACAGAACAUCAGCUUCAUAAAGAAAGCAGAGAUGCAGACACUCAAACAGUGCCUAAUUCCUUGCACACCUCAAUCGGUACAUUUCCUCUGUUUUUAACUCAAGUUUGCUCAAACCAUUGGCUUAGUGAAUACUUGUCUAAGCAUGAACUAGUAUUGUUAGUGUGCUGGGGCAGGAUUACGGAAAGAUGAUAUGGUAGUUUACCUUGGCACUCCAGAUGUUUCUGAACUACAUUUCCCAUGAUGCUCAGACAACAUUAAGGGCCACGCAGCCUUUCACUCUUCUGAUGCAGAUAAAAUACCAUAUAUACCAUUGAGCUGGUUAAUAGUAACAUAUGUUUAUCAGCUGGUGUCUCUGUUAAGUCCAAUGAUAGAGAAAAGUGUGUCUACAAUGCUAAUAUAUGUUUUGGAAGCUGCAAAAAGCCCUGAUUCCAACAGCCAGAUAAUGGUAGUCAUAAAAUAAAGUAUCGUCCUCCCCAUCAGUCAGUUUGUUGGAAAUCUACAUAAACACCAGUGUUUUGACAAAUGUAAGGUCUUUGCUGAGCUAACGAGAGUGGCGUUAAAUAUAAAUAUAUCCCCUUUGGACGGUAAAAAGUGCAGCAUAAGUAGAUGUUAUUGUUGCUAUUUGAAACAUUGGGGUUUAUUUUUUUUUCGUAUAUAAAUUUGUAUUUUUCAUUUAAAAGAAAAUUCCAACCAAAUGCAAUCUCAUAAUUAGAUAUUACAUUAUUGUGCAAUAUUUUGCUUUACAAUAGAUUUAUAGUUACACAUAAGUUUAAUAUAACCAUAAUUCAUACACUUGAACAUUAGCUGCAUUAUCAACAUUCAAACCAUAGAAAAAAGAAAAAGAGAAAAUAACAUACAUUUCCUCUAUCUUACUGUCAAUUCACAUUGGUGCUACCUAAGUAUGGCUAUCUAUAGAAAGGGGGUUGUGUUUUUACGGCUAAGAUAUCUAACCCAAGGGGCCCAAGUUUUAUCAUAUUUCUCUCUGGAUAACUUAUUUGAGGCUACCCCAGCUUCCAUCCUACGUUGAUAAUCUAAUUGUAUACAUAUGUCAUGCCAGUUUAACGAGCCCAUGUUUCUCCAAUUUCUGGCCAUAACUAUUUUUAUUGCCAUAAAGGAGUGAAUCAUAAGGAUUUUUUGUUUUAUGUUAACUAUUGGCAUAUCUAAAUGAAACAGGAACAUUUGAGCUGUAAUGACAGUUUGCACCUUCAAAAUAGAGUCCACCAAAUCCGAUAAAGUUGUUUUCAUAGAUUUCAACUCCUCACAGUCCCACCAGAUGUGGGAGAAAGAACCUAACUCCCUACCACAUCUCCAACAAUCUGGUAGAAGUGUGGGUUGAAAUCUAUGGAGGCGAGUAGGCACCAGAUACCAACGAUACACCAAUUUAAAAAACACUUCCUGUAUAUUCACCCCAUGUAUAUAUCUUUUUACUGAUUGUAGGGCUAAAAUCCAAUCUUCAACCGAGGAUGAAAAGUGGAGUUCCUGCUCCCAGUUAUUCAUUGCCGAUGCUUUAACUAUUGGGGUUUAAACUAUUCGGUUUGGUUCCAGCAGUAACAUUUGUAGUAGCCACAGUUCUCUGCUUUGUCAGGCUUGCCAUGAUCUGCCAUGUAAAUACAUGAUUCAACAUUUAGCAUUCUAUAUUUAAACAAAUUGUGGACUUUUUUUGCUCAUGUAUUUGAUGUAGUUGAAAAGCUUCAGUUAAUUGAUGAACAGUUUGAGGAAAGGUAUCUAAAGCGGCCACAUUAUGAGUCUUUGGAGAUUAAGCUUUCUGAAUAUCGUAAAGAAAUGGAAGAACAACUGCAGCUAGAAAUGCAUCAGAAGGUAAGCAAGCAUUACUGCCAGCCACCUAUCUUAUAUAUGAGUGUACUGUUCCUCGCAUAAGUGGCUUGGACAAUUAUCAGACUUGUUUCUUUUUUACCUAGGCAAAAAGACCUAUCUAAUUUAUUUUUUUUGUAGUGAAAUCUAUCUCAAUUGAAAUUUUAUUGAAAAAUAUUGCAGUAAUAUACUGAGGCGGUAUCUCGUAAAUAAUAUGCAGAGGCUCUGCAAACCAUCAGUAUACAGAGCUGCUGCAAAUCGGUGACUUCAUAUAACUCCAAUAAUCACCUAUAUUUAAAUAACAAAUAGCCACUGAAAAUAAAUAAAGCAGGGAGGGAGGAUAGAGCCAACCACAGAACUGAAUGGUCACAGCCUAGACUAGCUCUGUCGUCCUGCGGGUAGAAUCUGACUGAAACAAACGAAAAUAAAAAAAUAUGGGGCACCCCAAAAGGUCCACAUCCUCACAGCAAACCUCUAGCAAAACCCGCAAAUCUGGAGCCUUGACAGCAGGCCCCAAUAUGGUGCUUUACUUGCCGCGCUCUGACAUACCGCCAUCGAGCCUGGGGGGGCGUCAGAGGCAUCAAGCCACCAAGUUGACAAUGAGGUGAGAGACAUGCUAAAGAACAUGAGGAUUAGCGGUAUCUCCCAGUAUAUGUAUUAUUUCUGCAUUUUGCCAGUAAGCCUCUAAUGGGCUGCCAAGAACGCCCCCUACUAACUACCAGAAUCAGUGGCACAACUAGAUCAUCAUAAAACGAGUUCUGGGAAGGGUGAACACAGAAAGAAGUAAAACACUUUAAAAAAAAAAAAAGCUUCCCUCUUUCCCCUUCUCCCCUAGUUCACUUCGGGGCUCUAUUGUCAUUGCCAGGGUGCGAUGCGCAAAAAAGCCACUUCUUGAAGCCAAACUUAUUGAAGAUCCAACUCUUGGAUCCCACUAGCCAAACCCUCCACAACUCACCUAACUACUGCUCCGUGACCACAUGCACCCUACCACCGCCCCCAUUCACUACCUUUAAUUGCAUGAAUAUUUCGCCCCUAACUACUUACCAAAAACAUAUUUAAGUUAGGAUCAUCCUGGGAAUGGACGACGUUUCCCAGCGACCCUUUCGAUUCUGCUCAUUUCUCUUUUGUAGAGAUUCUAUCCCCCUGCCAUGUACACCACAUUUCACCCCUACCUUCUUAUAGGUAUUGCACCUUCCUGCGGUGACAGUAAGGUUCUUGGUCCCCUUAACGGAUUGGACUUGAGACUGUCACGGAGGUUUCCCCCUAUGCCUGCCAGUGUCAAGGUCACUUUUUUAUAACAUUUCAUAAUGCUCCAAUCCUAUUAUUUCUAGAUUUGAUUGUAUAUAGUCAACUUUUAUUCAUUUAUGUUUGUUUUUUCAUAUUUGCUGAGCUCUGUCAGAGGGUGGCAAGAGAAAUCCGCCACCCACACCACCCCUUGUAAAUGGCUACCCCACAGGUUAUAACCCUCAGUGCUCGAGGCUUAAACUCUCCAGAAAAACGUUCGUUAGUCCUAACGGAACUUCAUAAAUUAAAAGCUGACAGCCUUAAUUCAAGAAACCCACUUUAGAAGCAAUGAAUUACCCGAUUGGCUACUUUGGCCACUUCUCAGAGGCAAAGGUUUGUAUGAGGUUUUUGAUGGUUAAGGGGAAAAUAGGCCACAACAUGGUUACGCUUGUGAAUAUUAAUUGCCAAAUAGGAAGCAAUGCAAGGCACUCAAUAUAUACAAUCUGUGGAAACCUUUACAGACGGAAUAUUCAUCAUGAGUGGAGACUAUAAUGUUUCACUUGAUUCAGUCAUGGAUACGACCUCCACCACCUCUACACACCUGACCAAACAAUUCUCUCACCUUCUUGACCAACCACAACUGUUUGACUGUUGGCGAAUCCUGCACCCUAAUCUGAGAGAUUACUCAUACUACUCACAUGCCACAUAUACAUAGUCUAGACUGGAUAUGUUCUUUCUCCCACACAGAUUUUUGCAUCUAGUUAGCUCGUGUACAUAUGGCGCGAUAACCUGGUCAGAUCAUGCACCCCUGUCUCUUGUCAUCUGUAUCCCUUCUCUGCCACUGAAGUCGUUCCAGUGGAAAUUGAAUGACCUUAUACUCAACAACAAAUAAGUCAUUUCGCAAAUACACACUCCCACAGACAAGACACAUCCUUACAGAUCACCUGGGAGGCACACAAAUGUGUCCUUAGAGGCCAGAUUAUUGCUCUUGCCUGUAAGCACAAAAAGAUGUGGGAAGCUAAACUAAAAACCGUUACUGAUCAAAUGAGGGCACUUGAAUUAACCCACAAAUAAACAGAUAACAAUAAAUGCAUAUAAACACUUCAUCUCAAAACGCUCAGAACUACAACAACUUUUAAAUGCUCAGAUCAAAAACAAAGUGCUACGCACCAAACAAUCUUACUACUCCAUGGGAGGGAAAUGUGGGCAACUUUUGGUCAACGCACUGAAACAAUGCAGACAAAACACUUUCAUAGCCAAGAUCAAACCCCGCAAUACGGGUAUAUCCCACACACUACCAGAUAUUAUGGAAGCCUUCCACCAAUAUUACUCUAAAUCAUACAAUCUGACGGAUGACCCGCCACCCCAAAUAAACAUUAUAAACUUCCUUAACCCUAGGGUAAAGAACAAAAUCUCAGUUAACGCCCUGCAAGCCCUCGAUGCACCACUAACAAAGACAGAAUUUGAUAAAGUGGUACAUGCAUUACCCUUGAACAAGAGCCCGGGCCCAGAUGGCUUUACAGCAAAAUACUACAAGUUAUUUGCCAACAUACUAGCCGACCCAUUUACACAAGCCUUUAACUUACUUUCUGACACUCAAACACUACCAUCCUCCGCUUUGGAGGCACACAUAACAUUGUUACCAAAACCAGGGAAAGACCCCACAAAUUGUGGCAGUUACUGACCGAUAUCCCUGAUCAACAUAAAUAUAAAACUAUUUACAAAAAUCUUAACAAAAUUGCGACCCCUACUCCAAAACCUGACAGGGGUACUCUCUCUCCCCUCUCCUUUUCAUCUUCACGAUGGAACCUUUCUUCAGGGGAUCCGUGACAGAGAGGAAAUUCAAGGUUUCCGGAUAAACAACAUUAAUUCAAGGUCCCGGCCUUCGCUGAUGAUCUUCUAUUCACGCUGACGUCUCCCAUCACGUCACUGGCCCCACUACUGGAGGAAAUCUCCCUCUAUAAUAAGGUAUGCAACUUCCAAGUUAACUUCUCCAAAAGCAAGAUCCUACCCUUCAUGAUAGAUGACCCAUCUCAAGAAUCCCUUUGAUUCGGCCAACAAUGACAUCAAGUAUUUAGGGGUAUAUUUAUCUCCGGAUCUCAGUAAAACAUACAACUUCAAUUCUGAACCGCUUCUCCACAUAAUAGAUAGGGACCUCGCCUCCUGGAAUAAACCUCAAUUUGUCUGGCUAUGUCAAAUAAAUAUUGUAAAAAAUGUAUACCCUACUGAAAAUCUUGUACCUUCUUCAAACCCUCCCCAUUCAUACCCCCAAAUCCUUCUUUAACAAAAUUAAACAAUUAUUCACUAAAUUUGUAUGGCCCCACAAACAUCCCAGACUAUCUCUUGACCUAAUACGACCCAAAACACAGGAGGGACUCGACUUUCCCAACAUAGGUCUAUAUCACAGAGCGACUAUAUUAACCAGACUGAAUGGACCAACCUGACACCACAGACACAAUGGGUGCUAUUGGCGGACUUGUUCCUUCUGAUACCACUAUACAUGAUACCCUGGCUGGGACCACUUAUCUCCGCGCAUGCCAAACCCCAUAUCAUACUAUAACCCUGACCCUCCACAUGUGGAACAUAAUAAAAAAAUUACCAUCCAUCGCCCCAUACCCCUUUCCACAAUAUCCACUGACAGGUAUCCCACUAUUCCCACUGGGGAUUCCCACUCACUCUUGCGAUUUUGUUGUUGUUGUUUUUUUAAGGGAUCCAGACACAACAUCUUAUCUUAGGCUGACGUCGGUCCUGGACGGACACUUGGUCAAGCCCCUCAACAAUCUGAUGAAAUCAACCUAACUUUCAGUCCUUCAAACUUACAAAUAUGUCCAACUAUCUCAAUUCCUACACUCCACCGAGAAACUCCUCAAAGGCUCUCACACUAUACAAAAUGCUACAAGAGGAACACAAGGGACAGUAACCUCACUUCACCACUCCUUGGGCCCAAGAGCUAAAUAUCACCUUAUCACAAAGGGAAUGAGAAAUGGUAUUCAAACAAAUUCACACAUCGAUAGUAUGUAACACCAUGCAAGAAAGUCACUAUAAGAGGGUAUCUUGUUGGUACUACUCACCAUCUAAAUUACAUAGCCUUUUUCCCACUACUGUAGAUGCCUGCUGCAGAUGUAAUCAACCUGGCGGCACUGGUCAAGGAUAUCCGAGCAUACUGGUCAAGGACAGUGUCAGUGAUUGAUGCUAUAGUGGGAAUUUUCAUGAAACUUAUACUGAUAACGACCAUAUUCCUACUACACCAGACCCCAUGUCCUAAACCUCAAAAAGCCCUAAUAUCUCACUUAUUGUCAGCAGCGAACCUUCUCAUUCCAGUAAAAUGGAAGAACACACUCCCUUCCCUCACCUAGGGAAUGGAUACAAAAGGUUGAAACGAUUAGGCUAAUGGAAGAGAUAAACACCUCCUUGUCCCAUAAAUACCCUUUCUACUCGGCCGCUUGGGAACCGUCGCUAAAGUUUCUGUCAGACAAACCAGGAACAUAACAAACUCACCUAAGCCUUUUUCAUUAGCUUAUCUGGUGCCCUAGGCUUUGGUGUCACAAUAAGAUGAAACACACAUAACACUGCGGUUAUAUAUAGCUCAAGAUGGCAGAGAAAUGGAUAGGCCCGAGUGGAGCUUCUGGGACCAAUGUAGUCCCCACAGUUACUGUUAUAUAGGAGUUACCAGGCAAUUUGGUUGUAUUCCUAUCUUAUACACGGGUUCCAGUAUCUCCUGCCUCACCCACGAGAAGGUCCUUUUGAUGACCGAAAGCGAGAAGUGGUUCCAAUCUGAAUGAAACCCACCCAAAGAACAUACUGGGACCUAAACAGUGUACAUCCACACAAAGUACCAAGGGAUUAAUUGAACACUGGAUAAUACAGUGUAGUGUGUUAAUGCAGGAGUGUUUUUUCAAGUUUCUCUGUCCCAUUUUUUAUAUUGUUUGUGUGUAUAAAUGGUAGCAUGUUCAGUGUGUUUAUAUAGUAGUUCGAAAGAAACAUGUUUGAUGAAUUGAUCACUUGUUUCUAAUUUUGUAUUUUUUCCUUUCCCUAGCUGCAACACUUUAAAGAAGUUGAAAUAGCAAGAAUUAAGCUGGAAGAAAAAGAAAAAUCUCAGAAAGAAAUAGCUGAUUUUCAAAGACAGUUAGAGAAAGCAUACCAGUUAAAAUCAGAAAGUUUACUGUCACGGGAAAAGAAUGCCAUCGAGAGACUACAGACUCAGCAAGAGGUAACUAAAAUAUUUGAAAAAAAUAAAUAAAGGCCUUGUACAUCAAGACGCUGGAUGUCCUCGUGCAGAGCUUGAGGACGUCCAGUGUCAUUUAGACGACAAAAAAUCCGUUACCAACCUGGAAGCCCCUCAAAUGGCUGUCUGAUAGAUUCCGCUAUUCUGCUAUACAAAUUGCAUUAUAUGGAAACUGAUUACAUGAAUGAUUAAAUAUAAAGCUGGUUUCACAAUUGUUUUUUAAACGUCUGUAAUCCAAGUUGAUUAUUAUGAUCUCUUAGCAUGCACAUGAUCUCAUUCUUAAUAUUUGUGUUUGCUAUUCUCGCUAUAUAGUUUGCCACUGACCAGUCUGAAAAUGUAAUAAUAUUAUCCGUAAAUCCACAGAUCUUCUGCACUUGUUAUGUGAAUGUUAAGUGCUGAGAGAUACAUCCAUUGCUUUUUAAGAUGUCAGAUUUAUUGUAAUCCUGUUGUUUAGGCUGGUAGCUAAUAGAGAAUCUGGUUCUGACAGUUCCAACACUAACAGGUUAUUUACUAAACUGGCAAUUCUUCAGGAAACUCAGUGUUCCACUUUCCGUAGGUUGUAACGUUUAGCUCAUGUACUUCUUUUUCUCUGCUUACUUUUAUUAUACAAUGAAGCUGCUUCAUUUAAUCUACAGCCAUGCGUGUAAGUCAGUUAGAAGAACAACAGACAGUUAUGUGGUGAUAUCUUUGGAGAUGCUGCUGUUGUGUGAGCUGAGGAAGUCUUUGGCCCAGUGGGGACCAUAUAAAACCCCGCCAGUCCAUAGGGUCUGCGAAUUGGACUGUGAGGACGCAGGCAGCUCAAGGAGCAAAAGCCUGGGUGGCUUCUCUAAUUCACAUUACUUGGCUUCGGGUUUAUUCAGUUCUGUCAUUGGCUGAGCAGUGUAUGUACACUGAUAAGGAAGUCUUUUUUUCUAGAAUUAGAAAGCAUGACUGGGGCGGGGCCUGCCCUGCAUGGCCAGACACAUUCUGUGGGAGCUCCUCUCUUGAACCUUGCAAUUUCUAAGUUACCAACUGCCUAGCACCUACUUUUUGCCAGAUUUGUGGACUGCCUGUCUUCGGAACCAAACGGGUGGUUUCGUUGCGAGCUUACAAGCUAUAAGCGCCGGAGGGGCCUAGCAGAGUACUCAGGCGGGAGAGACUGCUGCUCUUGCUCCUUGAGCUGCCUGCGUCCUCACAGUACAAAUCGGUAGACCCUUUGGACUGGCGGGGUUUUAUAUGGUCCCCACUGGGCCAGAGACUUCCCCAGCUCACACGACAGCAGCAUCUCCAAAGAUGGCGGCAGCGUGCAUACCCUAUGGGCACAAGCAGCCCUGGAGUGUCCAGCAGAGUUAUGAGGAGCAAACACUGAAGCAACUGGAUGACAUCUUCAACCGUUUCUGGGAAGCAAUUGAGGCUCGCACAGCACCACCUUCACCCCAGCAUUAAGUAUGAGAUCAGGUCGAAAGUAAUCGGAGGGGGAAUGGGACACUCUUGGCCACCGACAACACACGCACACUCUCCUCACAAUAUCAGCCCAGCCAGGCUGAGGGCCAGAGGGGGUAUUACCCUGCUGCAUCAACCACGUAGCAGGAGACCGCACACCACCAACGACAACCGUCCAAACAGGUCUCAUGCAGUGUGAAAGGGAAGGACUCUGACUACACAAGCUCCCAAGUCUGUGGCUUGACAAUGUAGGCCUUCAUUCAGGCCUGGAGUUGGAGGGAUGAUCCACCUCACCCUGGUGCUUUUGGAGACUCUCCGAUACCUGCCACAUGUCACUCAACUCAAGAUAGUGGCUGAACAGGAACUUACCACCAAGGCUGCUGACCUAUGUGAAAGGUCCCCAUAUUGAUGACCAUAUCUGUCUAACGUUCACUAACUAUGCUCCCUUGGAAGUGCUGUGUCCUUUCAUUUGUUUAGUUUCAGUUUUUGGGGGGUUUAGCUUAAACCUCAUUUAGUGUGACGCUGUAUCAUUAUAUGACAAAGAGUCCCAGUGGUAUAUGCGCCCCCCUCAAGUGGUCAGUUUGUACCCUCCUUGUGACUCUCUUGAAUUGCUUCAUGCCUGACCUGAUGUGCGCUUCAUAAUACCUACAAAAGUGUAGAAUAUCAUAUGACAUUUCUCAGCAUACUUACUGUUGCAAAUUUUUCAGCUGAAAUGUCUUUCUCCUCUCAUUAUAACAAAAAAUGGUGCUGAAACCUUGACAAAUAAUGUAUUGCUCUUACGCUAAUCUUGUGAUAUCAAAAUGACUUUUCUUACAUGUUGUACAUUCAAAGCACCACAAAAAUAAAGAAUUCAAAAAAAAAGAAAGAAAGCAUGACAAGGAGGCAGGCUUAUGUUGCCACAUUUUACUAAACAUUGAUUUAUUUUACUAAAACUACAAAGCUUUUUGCAUGCAAAAUAAAUAAAUAAAAUACAGUAAAUUUAUGAAACCAGAACUCAAAUUCAAUAAAGUUGUAUCGUUGCUCGGAGUGUCCCUUUUAAGUAGAGCAGUUUGCACAAACAAAGCAUUCAUUCCUAUGGCGAUCUUGUUCCAUUUUUAAAAUGUUGCGCUUCGGGGGAGGGGCCAGACUAGCUCCUUCAAGCUUUAGUGAUUUCAGCAGAUAAUCGGCAGUUGACUCACCCAUCUGGUGCCUAAAAGUCAACAUUCAUGAUGUACUAAGCAGAAAGUGGGGCAGAUGCAGUACUCGAGUGCUAGAGCACUGGCGGAAAUAUUGAGGGUCUGGAAUUUGCGGGCUGCUCAAGUGGGGGGCGAGGUGGACGGCCAUCGCCUUACCUUUCUACCAAAGGCCGCACAGCUCGUGGAUCCACUAGGCGGCCACGUUCCCUCCCCCCCAACUUUGGACUGGCGGGGGUUAUCCUGGUCCCCACUGGAAUGACCCAACGCUUUCUAAAGAGGCAGUGUACCUCAUCCUGUACUACAACUCGGACCACAAGAUGGCUGCCAAUCAGGCCUAUCAAGCUGCGAACAAAAGGCUUACCCAGCUUGCCUCUUUAUACAUCUAACCAAUUCUAGGCCGGGUCCCGGCACAUGGCUGACCUACUACAGCAGAUGGAAACAGCCCGACUACCGCGCACAAUGCUGCCUGACUACAGCGGACUCUAACCUUGAAGCUCAGUCCUUCACAUCAAUGCCCGACAAUCAGGAACGCCAGGCGUCGACAGGAGAGGUGCCAGAUGAGCGUUCCCUGGGAAUCUGAUUAUACUUAUGGGCUGGAUACAUGGAGAACUCGCUGGUCAACUGGUGGAGCAGUGUACAUAAGAAGGGACACUCCGCAAGACACGCUAACACUGAUAAUUCCCCUGGGACACGUAGGCCACCCGGAUCUCUUGCCCUUCCCCCAAUCCCCCCCUCCUCCCAAGACCCUUGUAAGCUCCCUCCCCCUCACCCCACUGAAACAGUGACGGGCAUACAACACAGAAACACUUCUAUCACACCGAGAAAGUCCAAUCUGACUCUGCGCACCCCAACAAGACACUGGCAUACACUGAAAGGUGGACUUUCCCUGCAAAACACAAAGUGAUGACAUGGAGAUCGGAUGGGGGCUAGGCUACACUAGGUGUGGCACAAAUGACACCGGCACCCACCAUACAGUACACCUGCUGACCCAGCAACAAAACUUAGCAGGGUGCCACUUUCAGACCCGCACAAUUUACACCAAACCACUGACAGAAAUGACACUAAUCAAGGACAUGCCACCAAGUGGCAGAAAACACAACUCUAAGCCAGGGCUUCAGGCGGUGGUCCUCGGGCUAUCGCCUGAACAACGCAAACGCAGAAAGCCGAACAUCGGCCCUGAGACAGUGUCUAUUUCCCACAUUGCUUUUCGUAGAAUGUUACAACACUGAAACAUGGUACUAAGUGUACAAUACACAGGCAAUGUAAAGUGCACAACGUGUGUCCGCAAGAAUAAUACUAUGUAAAUGCAUAAACCGAAUCCCAUUCACAAGCCUCGAAACUGACUUGACCAACAUCCUAUGUAUAUCGCACUGUUCAAUACAGUUUGAAACGAUUGUUCACAAAACUGUACUUUUAGAACACCUGUUACACUGACCACUCCUUUAUUUUUCUGUAACCCUAUCCAAACUUGAAACUCCAAAUAAAUAAAGAUUGUCAAAAAAAAAAGGGGGGGACACUCUGCAGGGACUCUGUUUCUACAGGGUCUAGCUGGGACGGGGGUUGCUGUGUGCCUUUGGGGAUGGCAUAAUAACAAGUAUUCCAUUGCUCAUUGUUGCAGCAAUCUAAUGCCUUCCCUAUAUGCUCAUGGUGCUUGUUAAGCAGGGCUCCAGUUGAUUUACCUUCCUUCUUUAUGUGCAGCUUUACAAGUGUGUGUUUUACUUUUAUCUUACUAUCACCUGAAACAUAGGCGCCUGAACAGUUAAAGUUUUAGUUUUUUUUAAUCCAAGGAGGAGUCCAUAGCAAUAUAUUGGACAAAUCUUGUGAAUUAAGGCAUGUCUACCCAGUUAUUUUUAUUAUUGACAUAAACUGUCUGAAUAAUCUACUAUGCAUUUAAUACUCAUAUUCUUUGACAUGUUUAUUAGGCUUGUUUUACAUUUAUUAUACUGUACUCGGCUUGCCUGCUAGAAUACCAUAACUAUAACAUUUGUGCAAUUGUUCUGCAUGGCAUGUUAUAAUCUUAUACUGUCUGUUUUUUUCGCUUCCCCUGCUGUUGUGGUUAUGUUAUUAUUUGCACAACAAAAAUAAAGAAUAAAAAAAAAUGUUGUGCUUCAAUUGCUAAUUUGAUGAUAAAUGUGUUGUUUUUCUUUAUUUUUAUUUUAUUUUUUACGAUCUGAAUCACACAUAUUUAAAAGUCAAUAAUAUAAUGGACCAUUAGUGCUUUAGCUUACAUUAUUGGUGCUUACAUUACGUAUUGCACAAGGUCUUCAAAAGUUAAAAAUUUAUUUUUACAGAUAGAAGCAAAGGAAAUGUAUUCACAGAGACAAACUUUGCUGAAAGAGAUUGAGCUGGUACGGAGCAGAGAAACAGAUUUUCGGCAGCGGAUAGAAGCCUUUGAACUGUAUGUAAAUUAGGAAUCAUUUAAAAAAAAAACAUUUAGUACUGUUUUUGGUGUGAUAAUUUAUUCUAUCAAAAUUUUCAAGGGUUCACCCACAGUAUGGGUUUACAAAAGAUUAUAGGAAACUGUUUGGAGGACCUGUGCGUCAUCUUAAUUUACAGGGGUUAAACCAUUUACAAACCACUUAAUCCCGAAGUUAAGUAGACAACGUCCAUCAGCUCUGCACCUCUUCUUCUGGCGAUGUCCAAGGGUGCGAUGAGUAAGCCUCUAGCUGGGUGCAAGUGAUAGGCCAAGAGGGUCAAUUGAUGCUCUCAGUCAAUCACCAGCUCCACAUUCUGUAACUUUCUCAUCCAGCUCGAGGCUUCUUCAAUAAAACCUUGGACACCAGAAAAAGAGAUGCAGACCUGAUUAACACCAACUAUUUAACUUUGGGGUUAAACUGUCCAUAAACUGUUUUACCUCUAAAGGUAAAGCGGCACCCAAAACCUCUAGGCACCAUAGCAAUUUCAUUGAGAUGAUGUUACUGUGCUUGACAUAUUCCUUUAAUCUUAUUGAAUAUGUUAGUUAGUUUAUUGAAAAGGGAUACUCCAGGCCAUAUAACGUCUGCAGCUUAUUGUAGCCUUUAUGGAACAAAGACUCUAAGGGUGCAGUACCUCAAAAUUGAUAAUUAUACAGUUGUGAGUAACUUUUAGGCAGUCUAGUAACUUUAAAGCAGUUUUUAUUUUAUAUUAUAUAAUAUAAAAUUAAAAUCAGACUUAAAUUUCAAUUCCUACACUACUGGUCAGGCCUAAAAGUUACUCACAACUGUUGUUUAGCACACUUGCCUGGUGAAUUUCUACACGACUAAAUAUCCACUCACUAAUGGACAUUUCAAAGGUGGUGAGUGUGCCACAUUUGAGGUACAUUAGAGUUGCUGCAGACUUAUGCUGUUUACCUAAGCCAGGUGUUUAUAAAAUUAUCACAUGUUGUGAGGGUUAAAAAUCUUCUGUACAGUAACAUAAUUCACAUGAAUUUUUUUUUCUUCAGGGCUAAACAGUUGCAAGAGGAGAAAACCAAAAGUGUGGAAGAGUUGUUAAGGAAGAGACAGCUGGAAGUUAGGAAACUAGAAGACAAUUUUGAAAAUAAGCUUAAAAAUGAAUUACUCAGGUAUUUAAUCAUGCAUUCUGUGAUAAAUUAGGUGGCUGUUAUUACAUUUCCCUUGAAGAUGUUUUCUUUUCUCUUGUCUUUUCUGUUUUUGUGCAUAUUCAGAUAGUUGUUCCCCACACAACUUUAACAAAUUGGUACACUAUGAGUCACAUAUGUGUUUCAUUUGAUGAAGAAAGAAACCACAGACGGGCCCUUUUCUCAUUAAAAAAAUUAUAUUUUUAGAAAAUUCCAAUGCUGUUACAUUUUUUUUAUUUUUAUUUGUAAAGUUUGAUUUAUAAUUUGUUUUGCUAUUGUUUGUUAAGUAAGUCAGUUUUUUUUUUUUAAUUGAAAUAGUUACCCUUAUUUUUGCAAGCCACUACAAUUGUUCAUAUUUGUUCUUUACUAUCUAUUGUUUUGUUGAAAAUCUAUACAAAAAGAUGAUUUGUUAUUUUUUUUGUGGAAGAGAUCAAUCUAUUCUGUCUUCUCCCAACACGCUAGGUAUCAGAUUGAAUUGAAAGAAGAAUAUUUAAAGAGGACACAGAAAGUUAGUGAAGAUGAAAAAAUAAAUAAAGGUUAGUAAAUUGUCAUAUAACUGAGUUUUGUUUCGUUUCCAAAAAUGUUUUGGUCCUUUUGUGACUUAAUAUACAUUGAUUAUACCAUUCCCUGAGAUCGGGUACAUAGUGAUUAUUUGGUUCAUAAACAGCGAACUUCUGUUGAAAAAAAACAAACAACCUCAUAUUUAAUAGCUGUAAAAAAAAUGAGGCCUAUCUGCCAUGCUAGAAAGACACAGCUUGUGGAAGCUCUUUGGGUGUCAGUAAAAAUCGCUCUGCUACUUUGGCAAUUAUCCCCAGGCAGCAGCUGAACUUGCUUAACAGCAUUACCAGGUAACAAGCUCAUUCUACUGGAAACAAGACUUUGCAGCCUGAUCAUCCACAUAGGUCAGAAGAGGCAUCUUACUGUAUUUCAUGCUUGUAAACUCCUGGACCUCAGUUUACUUACAGUAGUGAGCACCAACAUUACCACAGCACAAAAUUGAAUGUGAAGUCUAAGCAGAAGGAGACUAUGUGGUGUGGGAAGCCUCUGUUGCAUUAUAGGGACAUUCUCGGAGUAUUCGAUUGACCAUGUUUCACUUUCUGGGUAAAGUUGUUGUUGCAUUCUUGAGUUUUCAUUGCCGGAUGUCAGAGACAGGGAGUGCGACUUAGACCCAGGCCUGACAAGAUGCAACUGCCAAGUGAGUUUAGGACUGCAAGGUGACUUUAUAGCCUUACACCUGCUACUCCAUAACAUCAUACAUCUCUAUUUUGGCAUUUUCCAGGGACACUAUCCAGCAAAUGGACUUGACAUUCUAGUAGACAUGUUGUAAAGCUUACAUACAAACCUGGGAUUAACUUGGCAGCUACACCUGUAUACACGUUUACUGUUUUUCCCUGUUUUGUGGCAGAUCUCUGUAUGCAUCAGGGCAGAGCAGAUAUGUUUGGAUGGUUAAGUAUCUGGUUUCUGAUACCAUGGUUCUUACUCCUUUGUUUUGCUACAUUUCUAACACUUAGAAUGUUGCCCAGUGGAUUUUGUACUAAGACUCUGCUGUAUUACUUUAUAUACAGUUUUGUUUGUUUUUGUUCAUUCUCUUGUAUAAUUGUGUUUACUAUUUCUAAAAGCAUGGUAUAACUAGUUGUCUUAGUAAUAUUGUUAAGUAACAUGCAUGUGCCAUUCAAUAAGCAAAGAUUGACAAAACAUGCAUCCCAUCUGUGACAACUCAGACUACUGAUUGUUAUGGUUUUAUUGUUAUGUUAAACCCUUACUGUUAUUAUUUCAUUAUUAUGUUAAGCAUAGUCUCACAGAGAGAGGGGGACUUGUGUUCUUGGUGGUGUGCUGGAUGCUUGCAUGAACAGGACAUGUGAUUGUGCCAGGGUUCUAACUGUCCCAGCUGUCGCUCUCUCGCUUGACUCUGCAUUUAACUCUUUUUUUUCUGUUGGUGGUGUUUGGUUCUCUCUCUGAAGUUGAUGUGCUUUGUCUCUCUGAUUGUCAGCUGACUGAAAAAAAAAAUCUCAAUCUAAAUAAUAUCCUAAUAGUACAAAAAGAGUGGUACAGGCUCUGUUAUUGGGAAGAUGGCGUCUAAGUAGCCAUGACACAUCCAUAUCCUUAUAUUUAUUGUGGUGUAGAGAGGCUGUUGUCUUUCAAAACAUCUUGUAGUAGGGGAAGUCUACAAAAACCUAUAUUAUGCCUCAUGUACAGUUGGCAUCCCCAAAUAUUGGCAAUCAAACUAUAUUGUGCAUAUGGUAAUGGUAACUUCUAUCCACCACUUUAGACUUCUACAACAAACUUCCACAGAUUCCUAGAGUAUUAGAUUAAAGGAACACUCUGAGCACAAUAACAAUGGGAUCAGAAUUAAGUUUUUAUGGUGCAAAGGAGGUCUCUGGUCGCUGGCUUACCUGAAGAGGCUACAUCAUUAACAAACAGUUUAACCUCAAAUUCUUUAAUCCAUCGCUCGUUAAUUCUCCCAAUGAACUUUGCAGGCUUGAAUCAGGAAACCUUGGACUGAGACCUGUGGAUAUGAGAGGUCACAAAGCGUGAGAAAAUUAAGUACAUUUCUCACUCCAUUUUCUGAAUGGGGAACUACUAAUUCAAGCCUCGGAACGGCAAAGGAAUUUUGUGAGAAAAGAGUCAACGGGUGUUGAAGUCAAUAAUGUGGGGUUAAAUCGUUCGUUAAUGGUUUAGCUCUGUGAAGUAAAUCAGUGUCCAUUAACCUCCUUGCACCAAAACAACUUAAUUCCGAUGAGGUUGUUAUGGUGCCUGGAGUGUCCCUUUAAGUAAUGCUCCCUGAGACUAGAAUUUAAACUCAGGCAAGUUAACAUCAGCCAACAUACUUCUUUCUCUGUCCAGGGAACAUGUUUCUGUUUAAAUUAAUAUUAUAGUAUCUUUUACAGCCACAUGGACGUUAACCUACUUCUAAAAUAUCAAAUCUUGUCAUCCAACAAUUUGCAAACCACUAACAAAUUUCUUACUGUAGCUGGUUUGAAGAUUAUAUACGUACAACCCUGAUUAUUUUCCACAGACCCAGGCAAAAAUUAGAGGGGGGGAGGGCAAUCAAACCUCACAGCAUAGCACAAGGAUUGAUGACAGCAGUGAUUUGUUCUGGUUUAUUGUGAGUGCAGUAUUACUUUAUGGUAUACCUGCUCAAUGCACUGGCCACCAGCAGAUUUGAUUCAGUAAGGGGUUGCGAUAUGUGGAGCUCAAGGACAUCUUAAUUGAACUCUGAGUUAGAAUUGAAUCGAACUCGGGGACAUAUGAUGAGUUAAUAAAUAUCAAGUUUAAUACAUUUCAUCAAUAGUUGGGUGGUUUUUCACAUGUAACUAUUUUUUCUGAGUUUAAUAAUUUUGUCUUGCAAUACUUGGCAACUUAACACUUGAAUUGUUUAUAUUAUUUCUACAAGUUGGUUGCUAUUGCAACCAGAGCGUGAUGUUGGACUAACUAAGGGUUAACUAAUUAACUAAUCAACCAACGAAUUUGUAAUGUGUGUGUUUACAGUGUCAUUAUUUCCGUGAAGUACUAAGUCACACUGAUUGCCAACAGACACAGAAUAUAAUCUAGAAAGGUUUAAUUCUGAAACUCAGCAGUGUUCAUGUCUAAUGUUACACAUUAUAAACACGCACACAUUUGAGGAGAAUGUGUGCUUGUCUCCGAGAUGUUAGGUAGGUGGUUUGGUAGACAGACAACAAGUUUUCAACAGCUGGUCAAAUUUCCCAGCUAUUACUCUGGAAUACAUUACAGGCAGCAAAAUUGUGCAAAGAUCUGGGAAAAUGAAUACUUAAUGUUGGCUUUGCAUAAUUUUCCUUUCCUUUUCCUGGCUCUGUAACCACCAUCAGAAUUAAUUCUGCUUCUCUGUUUCUAAAUGAGCAUAGUUCACACACAAAGAUUGUUAGUAAAUGCUUUUUUAUCACGAAGACAUUAAUUCGAUCUUUAAAGUCUACUCGUGAAAAAAUAGGUUAUUCUUUAAUAUAUUAUAAUAUUUUACCUCUCCAUAAUAAUAGCUCAAUUAUUUGCAAAUGUGUCAAUAAAAAUGUAUUUCCUUAAAGCCCAUCCCAUUUCUCCCAUAGUCCUGGAGUGUCCCUUACUACAGUUAUUGUUAUGUAGACUCUUUAGUAGGGCAUGGUGAGAUACCACACAGAACAUCUAGUAACAGCUGGAUGUACAUGCCUCCAUUUAAAUCCUGACCUAGCCAUCCACACCUUUUAAGCGUUCAAUACCUUUUUAAAGUAUUAGCUGUUCUACCUUUUACUGCUGCUGUUGUUGUCAUUUUGAAGUAAAAUGGUGAAAUGGUAUGUACAUAUUUGUAAAAUCAGGCUAAUAAAUGAAAAUGCUAUAUAUCAAUCUAUGGGUGUAUCAAUAGCCGGGGAGAGAGAAUGUAUACAAAAAAACCUGUUAAUAAAUGUGUGUUUUCCAUUUGUGUGCCAUAUCAGAGGAAGCUGCCCACUUACGUGAAGAAGCCAUUAUAUUAAACAUGAAGAAACAAGAGGUGGAGAAAGCUGUGUCACGCACACGGGAGUUGGAGGUAAGGGAAUUUACAAAUUAAUUUUAACAUGAACAGGGAGGGAUCGUCUCAGUAAAGCACUUUUCCAUAGUUCACAUUCUCCUUUCCAAAACAUACAGGACACAACCAACAUAAACCCAGCAAGUGUAAACCUACCACCCAACCACAUAAACACGAAUCUAUUUAGUCAUAUCAAGUUUUACAGAAAUCUGCACGUCGGCAUAACCUGACCCAUUGGCUUGGUAGAAUAUUUUUUUUUCAUAAUCUCAGGAAUCGUCCUAGAGCUGACCUGCAAAUUAAAAUGAAUCCUGCAUUAUGUUACCUGUUAACCCACAUCCAGCUUGUACAUUACAUGCCAAUUGGAAUAGGAUAUCUUUUCUCAUUGCAAAAUAUGUGCGGCAGCAAAGUACUCAUUGACAUAAAAGCAAAUUAGGUAUAUUCUCUAAUGUCAAUACAGAUACACUGAAUGGUGUGCAUGUUCAACCUGGAAGAAAAUAAAAGAUAUUGCAUAAAACUUUAAUUUCUAAAGAUUUCAUAAGUAGAAAGGGUUGAGGAAAAAUAUUGUGUACCCAAUAAAACAAAUUAGUCUUUACCUUUUAUGUAUAUGAUGAUUUGCAAUAGUGCCAUUAAACCCUUUAAAUUUUUUUGAUAUGUUUAUUCCACUUAAAGUGAGGAAUUUGUUCAAGCACACAUUUUAUCUAUACUUUACACACAGUUAUUGGUAAUUCAGUAGCUUUGUUUAUAACAUUUAAACGUAGUCCUAGUACUGACAGUGUUGUAAAAAUCUACUCAAAAUAUUGUUUUUCUCAUUUCAAUUUUCCACAAAGGCUAUUACGUUGCUUAGGAUUUCCUGCACAGAAUAUGCACAUCUGCAGACAUCAAGAAAAUAAAAUCUAAUUUAUCAAAAGCUACAAGGUCAAUUUCACCUGAACUACUUCCAGAUUAUUUAGACAAACAAUUGCAGUGACAGGAACCAUCUUUAACAGGAAUUAGACUACUAGGUGUAGGAAAAAUUAAUUUUUAAAAUAAUAUGACAGAUUUGUCUUUGAUCUCCUUACUACAGCUGCACAUGCUUCCUUUCAAGUCAAUAGGAGUGUUUGGAAGCCAGUUACACUAUAUUGAUAGGCCCUGUUUUCAUAUGUGAAGGAAAGCAGUGCAGUAAAACAGAUGUAAUAAUUAUUUCUUUGCUAAAGCAGACCGUUUAGAAUGUAAUUCAAAGCAUUAUCUGUGCUGUCUUACAGCAUAUAAAAAGUAUUAUGCCUCCUAUGAAAAAUACAAACCAUGUUCCUCAAACAUAGGAAAUGGACUGCUUGGAAAUCAAUAUUUAUUCCAAAGCCCCACAUUGAAAUUAGGCUUAAAUGUAAGAAUUGGAAAUGGAAAACAAAGUUUUUUUUAAUUCAGUGUGAAGGAAGCAAUCUCUUAACUACAGUCAUCUUCAAAAUACUGUUGCAUGAACGGCCAUUGGUGCUUGCAAGCAAAAAUUCGAAUUUUAGGCCAAAGUAUGUGAAUUUAAAAAAAUCUCAGUCAGUUUGUUCAGGCCUGCUUUAUAUUGCCUAAUACUAUCAAACCCCUAUUUAAUUUCUGGUUUAUUGAAUAACCAUCUCUGUCUGUCUGAUUUUAGUUGCUACUGGUCUCCCCGGGAUCAGCAAAUGGCAUUUUUUUUAAAUAGAAUUGAUCAUCAUGUAUAUCUGUUUGAAUGUUAAUUGAUAUUUUGUACUUUCAGACAGAAGUAAAUGUGCUGAAUGUUCAGCUCUCUCUAUUAACAAAGCAGAAUCACCAACUGACUGAGAAGCUGAAGGAAACCAUAGACUAUCCUUUAAUAAUUCAAGAAAAGGCAGAGCUUCAGGCACAAAGCAAGUCACUCAAAGAACAACUUGAAGAGGUUCGCAAGGAAAAUCAACUUCUCAGAGACAGUGAGUUUCAGUAUUAAUAAAACAUUGUCUAUUUCAUAUUGAAGAUUGUAGUGGCUCAUGUUUCCAUGUUGGUGAUAGUCAAAAAGAUUCUAUCAUAUCCCAUAAUGCAUGUGGCUUUGUCCCAGUAUAUACUGUUUGUGGAGCAAUGAACCUAGAAUUGUGAGAUUUAGCAAAGAGCAUUGUGGGAUAUAAUGGUAUCUCCCUGAACAGAUGUGAAAUAAUGCCAGGUUAGUGUGUUAUUUAAUUUAUUGAUGUACUGGAAUUGUCUUGGCACAAUGUGUUUGUUCUCUAGCCACACAUUUUUGGAUGAUGGGUUCACCUUAAUGAACAAUUAUGAUCCAUUCCACAUUGUUCUUCAUAUAUGGUAUUGUUUUAUAUUGUUCUUAUUGAUAAGAAUAUAUUAAUUGAGCACAUAUGGGUAUUUCCACUAUAGGAGCUAUAAAGCCUGCUGUCGAAUAUGCUGCUCUCCAGGAAGAAUUGAAAAUUUUGGAGAAUUCCAGGAAGCAGGAGCAGGAUGAGUUUAAAAUGAGAAGGGAACUAUUGGAAAGGCAACUACAAACAGAGGUAAGUGUAACACUGCUUAAUAUUAGGGUUUCUGUAAGAAAUAACUGUUCACAUAAUUUGACAAAAUGCUGGAAUAACACUUACUGCACAACGUGCAACUAAAAUCAUGUGCUCAGUGUAUCUGUUAACUUCUAAAUCCAUUCAGAUGGCAAGGACACCUGCUAAACUGGCUGAGGAUUCCCCUUAAAGAAUGAGUUGGAACCAGAGAGUGCGGUAUGUCAGAAUAAUAUAGUUCAUUCCUUCAAAGCCAGCUCAGCAUUUAUCCUUCUGACAUUUGUACACAAUAUGGAGUUGCAUACUUGGCACCUCCUUAUGGAAGUUACAGGAUGAAUUAAGUCAUCACACUCAUCCCAAGAUGCAAAUGAAUAAAAAUAACUCAGGAGAACUAAAAGACUAUAUUACAAAUAAUUAUUUUUAUAAUAUCAUUCUUCUCAGUUACUAUAUUAUUAGAAUCAGUCUCAUUAGGUUGCUACAUAAUACAUAGAUCCCUGAAUGUACCUGAAUCUAGUAAAGCUAACUGUUUUUUUCUUUCUGGUUAAAAAACAUUUGAUAUUAUUAUUUUGGGUAUUAUUCACCUAAAACACUAUUCGGGUUAUUUACUUGAAUGAGAAUUGUUGGGCAUUCAUAGUAAAUGUAGGAUUUUAAAACAAUUGCCAGUCAGCCAUGCUUUUAGUUUGGCUAUGGCUACUUUGACCUUAAAUGUGAAAUUCACUUUGAAUUUCAGACAAUUCACACUCUAGUAAAUUACGCUAGUAAAUUACGCUAGUAAAGCAUUUUCUAUGUUUCUGUCUAUUAAGUGUUAUUCUUCCUCUUUACAGCUCUUUUCAUUGAAAAACUAUUCCAUAUAUAUAUGUCGGGGCAUUAUCAGAGCUAAAAAAUUGUGAAAGGAUGGUGUCUUUGGACCUCUGUCAUUUUCAAAUAAAAAUAUAUAUAUAAUAAGGUAUCAAUGUGUUAUAGUAGAUGUUUACAAUGUUUUAAAUGUUUUGUUUAUUUCAACCCUAGGACGUUCCCUCUCAACUCGACUAAUUAAAGGAAUUAUAUGAUGUUAAAAAUGCAUAUGUAUUUGUAACAUCAUAGUCUUUCAGGGCAGUUUUAGAAAAAGUGAAACUCUCCUUUCACCCAUCAUGGCAAUGGUCUCCUCACGACAGUUGCCCCGCCUUCUGUGAAAUCUUUAUUAAGAAGCUUUCCUGCCCAAUUUGUUGGGUCUUCAAAGAGAAGCAUUGGAUGCACAGCAGUCAUCUCACUGUACCAAUUGUAUCCCUGCAAUAUAGGAGGAUAAUAAUGAUGCAUGCUGAACUUGAAAUUGUAAAUUGAAAUUGUAAAGGCUAGUAGAGGAAUUUUGGGGGAAAAAAGUAAACAAUGCCAUUUGUCUAAUCCAACUUUACAUUGCUAAAAACACCAAUACUACACAUUAAGGUGUAGUGGUUUUGGUGAUUAGAGAUAUAAGCUUUCCAGAAAUAAAAGGUGAUUUUGCUCACCUUUUUUCCUGUGCAGCGCUGCAACUGGCCCCGUCUCAGUGACUGAGAUAAUCAGUUUCGAUGAUCUCAGUCAAUCCAAUGCUUUCUCAUAGGAGAACACUGGGAGGCUAUUGCACAUGCCCACAAAAUGCCACACUGCACCAAUCAGCAUCUCCUAAUAAAGAUGCAUUGAAUUAAUGUGUCUCUAUGAGGAGCGUUUAGCACCUCCAUGCGGAGCAUGGAGAUGCUGAAUGCCAGCGCUGCACACUGUGCAGCACUGAACUAGGAAGCACCUAUAGUGGCCAUCUGAGUGAAAGCCUCUAGAGGUGUAACUAGGCACCAGUGUUCUCUGAAAAGACAGUGUUUACAGUGCCAAGGCUGCGGGGACAGGCCAUAGACACCAUAAUCACUUCAUUCAGCUGUAGUGCUUCUGGUGACUACAAUGUCCCUUUAAACAUUACAAAAAGAAUAAAAUUGUUGACUUAUUAAUAUUGGUUUACUUGAUUUUAUUGAAGUCAUGUACAAUAAAGGCAAUGCACAGCUCAUUCAUUGAUGUCCACUUCAUCCUAUAAAAGUCUAUUACUUGGCCUCUUACUGGAGCUAAUGGUAGAAGCACUGUACAUGCAAAUCUCUGAUGCUCCAAGACAUACAUGCAGUGCUUUCCUCAUAAAAAUAAAUGGAACUUAUAUCCAGUCCUGGACAAAUUUUGGUUUUCAUCAUGGAGCCAUAUAAAUUGAUAAGAAGCUAGUCAUUGCUGUGAGCAAUUCACCCCAAGGAUAUGUGGUCUUUCAAAUAUGGAAUGACUGUGUUUUAUGGAGCUGGAUGAACGAUACCAUUAACAUUUUUUUCCCCUACAGACAUGGAGAAAAGUUUAGGGUUUAGGCUCUGCCAGAACAUCUGCUUAUAUUGUUUGCUAUUUCCUUUACCACACUGCUGUACAGGUUGAGCGGUGUACAGAACUAAAGAUGCAGUUACUAGGCAGUGAGGAUUCUUCAAGGCGAUUAAAUGCUGAAGUAGAACAGCUGGAAUUUCAACUGCGGCAUACACGACAAGGUUAGAUUUAUUUAUUUUUUUCUUGUUAUUUCAUAAAAUUUCUGUUCUGUUUCUGUUGGCCCAUCUGUGAAAUCAUAAAUAAACUAGAUGUGUGUGUAAUUAAUUUGCUGAACCGGCUAUGAAUUAGAAAUAAUAUAUAUAUUAUUAGGAAUAAUUCGAAUUACUAAGAAUUUGAUAAACUACAAAAUACCUAUGUUAGACUCCACAAAAUUACAAAAAUAUGUGGGUUAAUAGUGCUGUUCAGUAUUAAUGCAUCAACUGCUAUACUUGAGAGUCUAUUCUUGAGAGACAAAAAAAAUAAGAAUGCAUUAGAAUAAUAUCCAUAUCCAGAAAGUGGCAGAUAAAGGGAAAUAAACAUAUGGAGAAAAGCAGUUGUAAAGCCAACCACUUGUUCAAUAUAGCAAAUUAAAGCAAUGUGAAAUAUACCUUAAGCAAUGUGCAGCUGAAAUGUCACUUGAUGUACUUGCAGUACAACUAUACUUGAGAGACUUGUCUGUAACAAACAAAUUCAGUUACCUGAAUGCUUAUUGAUCCUUGUAGUGGGGUGGCUACACAUUUGCAAUUGUUUAAUAUAUCAACUCACCAAAACCAAUAAAUGAAUAUACAGUGUAUGUGAAUUGAAUACCUUACGCAGUCUACAAAGUCAUUAGUAAAUGGAAGGGAAACUAUAUGGAGUUCAGUAUAACUUUAAUGUAUAUCCAUAACCGGUCCAUUUUUUUUUUUUUAUAACUCUCUGAUCAGGACAUUUUUAAGUAGGCUGGACACAUAGAUGCAGCUAGUAUCACAAUUGUACUCUAAUAUACAUUGCUUUUAAAUUGCUGCCUGGAUAAAUAAAGAAACAAAAUACCCUGGCUCACAUUUCAUCAAACCACUCUGGAUAACGUAUUUGUGAAUUGUGACGUGUCAAAUUCAGUCCACUAUAGUUAUGUAAAAUAAGAGUACAGGCAUCAAAAAGUUUGUCAAUUUAUUAGUGGUAUCACCAAAAUAGAUUUGUAACGUUUAUGAAGAUAUUGAUUAUGCCCCUGCAGUCUCACUGCUCAGUUCUCUACCAUUUAGGAGUUAAAGGGACUCUCCAGGCAGCAGUUUUAACUCACCUGGUUCCAGCGCCGGGAGCCUCGUGAAGCCAUGCCCCCUAUUUCGUCAAAAUGACGAAAUAGGCGGGCGCGAGCAGGAAGCAAUCAGACGCUUACGUUUGGAAGCGUCAUUGCUCCCUUGUGCGCAUGUGUGGCUUAGCCGCACAUGCGCACAUACUUCAGAGGGCGGCAUUCAUGCCGCCCUCUGAAGUCCUGAGCGCACUACCGUGCAUGCGCGCAGCCGCUAGCUGAGCUUACUGACAGCUCAGCUCGCGGUCUUUGCCCGCCCCUCUCCUCUGCUGACAGGCAAGAGAGAGAAGGUGCGCACACAGUGCCUUCUCUCUCCUGCACAUGUCAGACGUAUUUUAAUACGUCUGACGUGUACAAGGCCUUUUUAGGGCCCUGCAUGAUAGGAAGUCCCUCUGGUGGCCGUCUGAGUGACGGCCACUGGAGGUAUUCCUAUCACUCAAUGUAAACACUGUAUUUUCUCUGUUUACAUUAGAUUGCCUGCAGGGAGCUAUAGAUCAUACCUGAACAAAUACAUUAAGCUGUAGUUGUUCAGGUGACUAUAGUGUCCCUUUAAAUCACUUUGCUUAUGCAGACCUAGCCACAGUCUCUGCGUGUGACUUACCCAGUCUCCCUACAUAUUUCCUGUAAAGAGAGAUGCAAUGUUUAAUCUUCCUUUGUUGCACAAUCUGUGUAAUUUAGAAUUUAGAAUUUCCUGCUCUGUUGUGAGCCUAUAGGAGUGUUCAGUGUUUGGUUAAAUGUCAAAUUAACAGAGUAAAAGAUAGAAAAAUGUCUCUGGUAAACACUCAGUGCAGUCACGUCUGAUUGAAAAUGAAACUAUUUUUCCAUGUUGGCUAAAUUGCAGAUAAUUCAGCAGUGAGACUGCCGGGGCAUGAUCUAUACACCAAAGCUGCUUAAUGGAAGUAAAGUUAUUUUGUGCUUAAAGUUUAUUUAAUUUAUUUUUCUUAAAACAGAUUGUUACGGUUGCGUUGUUAUUUUUUUUUUUUUUUUUAAAACACUGUGGAAAUAUGAGCAGAAUGACAUUUGUAAUAAUGAACUAGUUAUUGUCUUUAUACUUUGCAGUUUCAGUUUUUACCUGUAUAGAAUGAUUUGAUUUUAGAUUAUGAAGAUCUUUUCACUUUAUGUCUGGUGUUGCUUUUGAGAUCAUUGCUUAGAAAAAUAUAUAUAUAUCAGUGUACUAAAUGAUUGUGUUUCUCAAUAGUUUCUACUUGUGUGUUUCUAUUUCACGUGCAGCUUUUGAAAAGGAAGUGUAUCGCAACCCCAAACCAUCUUUUGUCGAUCGCUCUGUGCAAGGCUUCACAACAAGCAGGACGGGACCUCCAUAUAUUUACAUUGAUAAAGAUCCAAUGAAAAGCCAUCUAGUAUUUAAUGCCUUUGAAGCUGGUGGUACCUCUAAUUCACAUUAUUGCUAUGCCGCAAGAACUCGCAGCAGCUCUCCAGAUUCAGAUCUCGAGUUUGUAGCCAACACAAAGGCCAAAAUCAAAGAGCUUGAAAAAGAUGCAGAGUAUUUGGAGGAGGCUUACCGUAACUACAAGGACAGACUCAUAUAUGCGGCUGAGGUGGAAAGCAUGACUCAGUCUAGUGCUCAACCAAGAAGAGGAUUCUUAAAUAAUGUCUCUGCUGCAUCUCAUCAAAAGGUGAAUUUUGUAGGUGACAACCUGACUCCUCAACAGCAUAUCCUUCUAAACAGACUGAAAAUACAGAGGUGCGAAGAGUUAGUAACUACCGAGUGUGAGAGGACACCACUUGUUUCAAAGGUAUCUUCUCGUCGACUGUCUUCAACGCCUAAAGCCAAUGUUUUCCAAACAAUAAACAAAAAAGAACAUAUUUCCUCAGAAGGUAUUUAUUUAUUAUACAUAUACCUAUCUGCAAAAUAAAUGUCCAAAUAUAUUGGCUAAAUGACCUGGAACUGUGAUUCUUUUUUUUUUCUUUCUAGUAACAGAUCAUGAUGGUUCCUAUAUUUCAUCAUCUCAUCACAGUCGCAAUAAGCCGCUGUCUCCGAUACCAAAGAAUAGCCAGUUUCCUACACUGAAUCAAGAGGUUGCUCUUCUUUGUCAAGAGACUGAAAAAAAGCUGGUUUCCCGGUAAAUAAAAUUAAUAAUUGUAUGUAUGUGUGUAUAUAUAUAUAUAUAUAUAUAUAUAUAUAUAUAUAUAUAUAUAUAUUGCACAGUAAGAAUGCUUUUAAAAAUAGAAAACUUAAUAGUUAAGUUUGAAAAGUUAUUAAAAUACAAAGUGAGUGAACAGAACCAAAUCUAAAUAUAUAUAUAUGUGUGUGUGUGUGUGUGUGUAGGCAAAGUGUGUUGUGCUUUUAAUAUCAUACUACUAAGUACACUUUCACAAAGUCAAUGAUUUUGUAGGCAUACAAACAGGUGCAUGAUUAAACAAUUGUACCAAACAAGUGGUAAUGUAGAUCAAAAUACAAUCAUUGAGCGAACCAGAAACUGCUGUGUGGUAGGAUAAAAACUGGGUGAGGAAUAGUCAAACUGUGCUAACUAGGUGUUUUUGCUAAAAAAUGUCUAAUAUCAAAAGUCAUACACUAUGGCAAGACAUACAGUAGUUAUAGUGCUAAAUCAAGGCCUCUUCAAGGCAGUCAGGGUUUCCAGAAGUACUGCCAAAGCUCUUAUGAAAAAGCACAAAGAGAAAGGCAAUAUUGAGGAUUGUAGAUGCAAUGGUCGGCCAAGGACACUUAAUGCAGCAUGUGAAAGACACAUUAUACUUACUUUCCUUUGCAAUCAGAAGAUGUCCAACAGUGUCAUCAGCUCAGAAUUGGUAGAAACUAAUUGGAACCUGGUACAUCCUUCGACUGUAUAGAGCCAUCAGAAGUGGUCUUCAUGGAAAGUUUGUGGUCAAAAAGGCUAAAGUCUGACCAGGAAACAAGGCAUGGAGACUGAACAAUGCAUAAAAGUACUGGAAUAGGAGUGCAGAGAAAUGGCAGCAGGUGCUCUGGACUGAUGAGUCAAAUUUUGAAAGAUUUGGCUGUAGCAGAAGACAGUUUAAUUGAUACGCUUUUAUGAAGAAGUGGGUUUUUAAUGAUUUUUUUUGAAGGAGUGGAGACUGGGUGAGCAUCUAACGGAGGAGGGAAGUGAGUUCCACAGGAACGGUGUAGCCCUCGCGAAGUCUUGAAGGCGUAAGUCUUCAGUAGAGCGUAAGGGCCUAGACGGGACAUACUUGUAUAUUAGGGAGGAUAGAUAGGUGGGAGCAGCAUUAUGUAGAUAUUUGAAAGCAAGAACCAGAAUUUUAAAUUGAGCCCUAUAUCUUACAGGAAGCCAAUGUAGGGACUGACAGAUGGGUGAGGCGUGGGCAGGGCGAGUGGACAGGAAGAUGAGCCUGGCCACCGCAUUCAUUAUGGACUGUAACGGCGAGACUGGACUGUUGGGAGCACGUAAGACCACUGAGAAGUGGAUUACAGUAGUCAAGGCGAGAAAGGACAGUGGAAUGGACCAGCACCUUAGUCGCAUCUGGCGUUAAGUAGGGUCGGAUGCACACAAUGUUUUUGAGUUGGAAGCGUCAGGAUUUGGUGAUAGACUGAACAUGAGGCGUGAAGGAGAGGUCGGAUUCAAAGAGAACACCUAGGCAGCGAGCCUGCGUGGUGGAGCUGAUGAUAGCACUGUUGACUUGGAGGGAGACAGACCCAGAAGUAGCAACUUUUGAGGGAGGAAAGACCAGAGUUUCAGUUUUGGUCAGGUUGAGUUUAAGGAAGUGGGCAGCCAUCCAGUUAGAAAUAGCAGAGAGGCAGUCAGAGACACUAGUCAAGAGACGGGGAGAGAUCAGGUAGAUUUGCGUGUUAUCCACAUAAAAUAUUGAAAGGCAAAGGAGCUAAUGAGUUUACCAAGCGAGGCAGUAUAGAUGGAGAACAGUAGGGGACCGAAGAACUGAACCUUGGGGGACACCAACAGAGAGGAGUUGGGUAGAAGAAGCAGAGCCAGAGAAAGAAACACUGAAAGAGCGCUGGGAGAGGUAGGAGGAGCACCAGGAAAGAGCAAUAUAUUGUAGACCGAUAUUGCGCAGGAUGAGAAGCUGUUGAUGAUCAACAGUGUCAAAAGCCGCAGAAAGGUCAAGGAGAAUUAGGAUAGAAUAGUGACCACGAGAUUUUGCAGCGAGUAGAUCAUUGGAUACUUUGGUCAGUGCCGAUUCCACAGAGUGCUUAGCGUGGAAACCAGACUGAAGUGGGUCUAGCAGAGAAUUGGACUUGAGGAAGUCUGUCAAUUUCGCAUAUACAACUCUUUCAAGGAUCUUGGAUGCAAAAAGCAGUAGCAAGAUAGAAAUGUAGUUGGACGGGGAGUUAGGGUCAAGGUUGGGCUUCUUUAGAAUUGGGGUUACAGUUGCAUGUUUGAAGGGUUAUGGAAAUAUGCCAGUGGAGAGAGAGAGAUUGAGAAUUUUAGUGAGAGGUAGAGAAGGAGACAGAGACAGAGUACGGAUGAGAUGCGUGGGAAUUGGAUCUAGGGAGCAGGUGGUGGGGCAGGAGGACUGGAGCAGAGCAGUAACCUCUUCCGCUGUAGCGGGUGCGAAUGAACAUAGAACAGCAGAGGGAGUGAGGUUAGGGGAAGUAUUGUAAGGGGAACAAAAAAGAUGAGAGAUUGUAGAGAUCUUGUCAGUGAAGUGAGUUGCAAAGUCUGAGACGGUCAAGUUAGUAGGUGGAGAGAGUUAAAUGUGUGAAAUAGUUGUUUGGGCUCGCAGGAUAACAUCAGGGUGUCAUCUAAAUGGCCUCAAAUGUAUUCUGCAACAUGACAAUGAACCUAAACAUACAAUCAGAGUAACUAAGAAAUAUUUUCAGCGUAAAGAAGAACAAGACUUGGAAGUGAUGGUAUUUCCCCCACAAAGCCUUGAUCUCAACAUUGAGUCUGUCUAGGAUUACAAUAAGAGAUAGAAGCAACUGAGGCUGCCUAAAUCCGCAGACGUACAGUUUUUAUGUUUGUAACAACCUGUUUGCUGAGUUCCUUACAAAAUUGUGUGUAAGUGUACCUAGAAUAAUUUAUGCUGUUUUGUAGGCAAAUGGUCGUCUCACCAAAUAUUGACUUUGUUUAGAUUUUUCUACUAUUCACUCACUUUGCAUUUUUUUAUUUUUUUAUUAAUUGAUCAAAAUGAACUAAAUAUAGAGAAGCUGACAGUUUUCUUUGCAGAUGUGCAAGCAGUUGUAUGGAUUCUGUAGACCUCUUGCUGUUUGCUGAUUGAUAUAAAUAGAAAUGUGUCCAUGCAUUUAGUGGAAACAUACAACUGUCCUUUCCUUCUAAUUGUUGGGGCAGUUUGUUUGUAAGUGGGUCUUGUAGUUUAAGAGAUGUAUAGCAUGUAGCAGUAUGUUAUGCAUUUAUUAGUAUUGUAAAAGUAGAGGAAAAUAUGGACAAAUUAAUAUAAAUCAGAGACAGCGAAAAAUAAUGUUUUCAUGUUUAACAAGGUUUCAUACUGCAUCCUUUUUAUUGGGUGUAAUCCAGUAAUAAUGUCCUAAUUACAUUUCCAAUCAAAUUAUUUAUUUACUUAAAAAAAAUAAACAAACCUGUUUUGUUUACCAACCAGACGGCAUUUGUCCUCCACGGGUUUCUGAAUUGAAUCCAUCAGUUAUGACCAAUUUGAUGCAAAGCUGAAAGAUGUAUAAUUAUUGAUUAGGGAUUGACCUGUAUUGAGACGAUACCGAUAAUCUGUGAACUUUCAGGCCGAUAGCUUACCGAUAUUCUGUACAUUUACAAUUUUGAAAAAAGAAACAAUUUCUACAUAAAUCUACUGUUAACAUGUUUAUUUUUUUCGCAAAUCUUUUUGUUAAGUGGUAAAUGCACAAAAUAUACAUGCCUGUCAGAUUUUUUUUUUUUUUUUAUGUAUACAAGAAUACUUAGUGUUCUUCUCUGUUCCCCUUACCUCCCUUUCCUGCCCUUAGUGUAUUUCUCCCCUCCCUUCCCUGUCCCUUAGUGUUCGUGUACCUCUCCCUUCCCUGUCCCUUAGUGUUCCUCUCUCCUUGCCUCCCUUCCCUGUCACGUGCUCGACCACGCUACACUGAGUGACUGGUAGGGGGGAGUGCUGUGCGCUUCCUUCCUGCCGGUCACUCGAUUGUUGCUUCCCCAUAGCCGGUGUGCCCUAAGGUGGCUGGCCUCGCGUUUGCUGGGCCACCGCCGCCUCUCACAUUAUUGGAAAUAUCAAUAUCAAUAGUGACCAAUAUUUGCCAUAAUCUGGAAUAUCGGCCGAUGAUAUCGGCCAAAUCGAUAAUCGGCCUACCCCUAUUAUUGAUUAUUAUUAUUAAUAUUAUAUAUGAGAUAUAUUUCAGAAGAUGCAAUAAUACUAUUUGUGAAUCUUUUUUUUUUUUUUUAGUGACCAUCACUCAGCUGUAUCUGAUCCACUCCAAUCAUCCAUCCAUUCUGAGUUGAAACAACUAAACUUUGAUGACCUUAUUCACUCAGAUUCCUCUCUUCACGGUAAGCUUGCCUGCAAAAUUCAGAGCUCCAAUGUAUUCCUGACCUUAUAGUGUUAAAAACACUAUCUAGUCCCCAUGCCCUUCCUAAAUAUAGUAAAAUCUCACCUUUAUUCCAGUCUGCUGGUGCUGGCACUGUCCUUGAUCUGCCUGCUUGGUUUGUCAUAAUCAGAAGUGGUGUUCAGAGCCAAUCACAAGGCUUUCCCUUGGGAAAGCAUUGAAUUGGCUGAUAUUGUCAAGGAGGCAAAUCAGGGUCAGAGUCAACACAAACCAUCCACAGCGCUGGCCAAUCCGCAUCUCCUCAUACAGAUGCAUUAAGUCAAUUCAUCUCUAUGAGGAAAGUUCAGUGUCUCCAUGCAGAGGGUGGAGACACUGAAUGGCAGUGGAAGUGUAGCACUGCCCUAGGAAUCACCUCUAGCAGCCAUCCGAGGAAUGGCCAGUGGAGUUGGCUGAAAUGUAAACACUACCUUUUCACUGAAAACUCUGUGUGCAAAAAGCCUGAAGUGAAUGAUUAUACUUACCAGAACAGAUACAAUAAGCCGUAGUUGUUCUGGUGACUAUAAUGUCCCUUUAAUUUUUGUUUUUUUAAAUGAAGCCAAAUAAUUGUUCAACUUCUCCUGGUUUUAAAUGAAGCCAAAUAAUUGUUCAACUUCUCCUUUUUCACAAAACUGAUUUCAAACAGACAAUGGAAGUGAAUACAUUGCUUAAAGGGACACUCCAGGCACCCAGACCACUUCUGCCCAUUGGAGUGGUCUGGGUGCCAACUCCCACUACCCUUAACCCUGCAAGGUAAUUAUUGCGGUUUUUAUAAACUGCAAUAAUUACCUUGCAGGGUUAAGUCCUCCUCUAGUGGCUGUCUAUCAGACAGCCACUAGAGGGACUUCCAUGUUCUUAGAACACAAAGAGUUUUUUAAGCGACGCCGGACGUCCUCAUGCUAUGUGAGGACCUCCAGUGUUGCCAAAAUCCCCAUAGGAAAGCAUUGAAUAAUGUGCACAGCCAUUGCGGCGCAUGCACACUAGGUCUCCCCUGCUGACGUCGGUGGGGGAGGAGAGUAGGCAGAGGCUGACCCAGUGCCGAGAGACAUCACUGAAGAGGUUUUAACCCCCCCAGAAACUUGUGAUGAGGGGUGGGAGGGAGAGGGCCACUGUAGAGUCUUGCAGUGCCAGGAAAACAAAUAUGUUUUCCUGGCACUAGAGAGUCCCUUUAAUUUCUAGUUCUUAAAGGCCUGUUGAAAGUUCAGUAACUAGAUCAACAAAACUUCCAGAAUAGUGCUUAGAACUAGUUUGAGUUCACCAUGCAGUCCCGUUGCGCAGCAUAAUACUUUGCUUAAUACUACAAAAUAUUAAUUUGCUAGCUACAUUUGGGUUGGGGAAGAUAACUGUGAGGAUACAGAAUAUGGCAACCAUGCCAAUGAUAAUGGAAAUAUGGCAAUAUGGCUACUAUAGUGUUGAAGUGGGACAUUAUAGCUCAUGUUAAUAUGAGUGAUAGAAUAUGGCUAUGGAUAGUUUGUCAAAAGGGAAAUAUGAGAUUGCAACUUUGGAGAGGGUUCUUAGACAUGGUGGACAUAUGGGGAUGGACAAAUAUGGCUAUGGAUCUGGGAUAGAUGAAAUAUGAGAUGUAGGUAUGUGACUUGUAGAUAAAUGGGAUAUUAUGGACUGGGAUAGUACUGUCUUGGGAAUGGAGACUAUGACUAUAGAAGAUUAUGCAUUGGUAAUGAGUGGUGUGGUUAGGACUGUGUAUUGGGCCCCAGAUGAAAAAAGACAUAAGAUUGGCACUUAGUCAAGGGAAGAGCACAUAGGUGAAAAUGGGCCACAGGUGGAUGGGUGAGUUAAGGGAGGGGGACACGCGCCAGGGAAGAGACAAAGGUUAAAAAAUAUGAAAACAGGUUGCAGGUAUAUUUUAGCCUUUUUUUUUUUUUUACCAUAAUUUGAUAAUUUAAUCUUGCCCAAUUGCAUAGAAAAAUACAUAAAUAAAUGUGUGUCUAGCAUUGAUGGUCUAUUUAUUGCUUUGGUGUUGUGUAUAUGCAGGCAUGAUCUGAAUAAAAAACUUAGACUUGACUUCAACAGACAUGAACACAUUGUCUGAAUCAGGUAAACAGAAACAUAUAAUUUGACAUAUAACUUUCUCCGCGUGUGUUCUGCAAUCCUAUAUGUUGGUUGUAAUGAAAGAACUGUCAGUACAUUGCACUGUGACCUCAUCAUGCACCUGGGAAUGCAAUGUACUGCAAAUGCUUGACUUACAGCUGGUGUUUUCACCAGGACUAAUCAUGUAGUAACUUCCAGUUGUGUUUCACAUACAUACCCAUCCUAUAUAAUGGAGCACACUCUUUAUUAAAAGUGAAAACAAAUAAUCAUAAAAUAAAUUAAUGUGCGUGUGCGCAUAUUAGAUAGAUAGAGAGAGAGAUACAUUUUGUUUUAUUAUUGUUGUUAUUAUUUCUGACAUGAACCAGACAGCGAUCUCUGCGGACAACUCACACGUUGUCACACUGACUUUUCUUCUAUUGCAUUUAAAUAACUAAACUCUCUGCAAAGUCUAUAUUUUUAUGAUGGAAACUCUUUAUAUCACAAAUAUUUAUUUUUGCUAAUCUGCUUUCUCUAACACAACAUCCAGCUAUAAAGAUAAUACAAUCUAUAAUCUGCAAAUCCAGAUUCAUACUGACUGCUGACGUUGUCCAGAAAAUCAGUUUUUUAAUCUUGUCUAAGAGGCCUGUGUUAUGUUACUGGUGAUAAACACAAGUACUGUACUACUCUCUUGAGACCAAAAGGGGUCUCUGGAUCUCAGUACAGUUUGAUAGUAACCAGAAGCAAUGAAAUAUUUCAGCACCUCUGUAAUGUUCCAGUGUGCAGAGAGGGUUAUUUAAGUGUGGGGUUAUUUUCCCAAUCUCAUAUCCCAACACACAUGACAAACAUCAAUAAAGCAGUAAUGGAAACCACAAAGUAAUCCACAUCAUCUGUGGGUAAUAACCUCUGCAUUGUGUAAGCGUCGUGCUGGGAUUUCAUCGUGUUGUAAAUUGCUUGGCAACAUAUGGAGUGCAUUGAGACAGUUACAUGAUAUUGAGUAAUAUGUCACAUCCCACCUACAAGGAUGCAGUUUUUCAUGCCACAAUACCCACCACUAUUCUGUUAUUUAAUUUUGUGUUAUCAUGUAGUUACGUGUUCAUGGGAUUAUUCACCAAACUACACAUUGUGGAGAAUUGAAAACUGAAUUGCAAUUUUUUGGCAGGUCUAUUUGGAAAAUUAGCUGGCUUUGAGUAUUUUUCAUUUUAGCCUAAAAUAUGCAAGUAUAUAGAUAGCGAAUACAUUCCUGGUCUGCUAAUAGGCUGCAGAUUUGUAAAUACACUCUUGCAUGUGCGUGGUUUUUAAAAUUUAAGUCCUGGCCUGCUGUAAUGGUUAUGGUACCAGACGUCUCCUGGUGCCUUCCCACAAUUUGUAGUCAAACUGUUUUUGAGUGAUUUGAUAUGUAUCAGUGGCCUGCGGGCUGGCUCCCUCUUCUGCAAUAGCUAAAGUAUAUGUUCCACUUCCUGAAUAGAUACAUCAAUUUUAUUAAUAUUUAUUGGUCGAUAGUGUCAUCUGACACUUACUAUAGGAUGAUGUCAGGGGGUUCUUGUCAGCCUAACCACUACAGUACACUGUGUGUGACGGAGCUACUCUGAACGAGUAACUCCGCCAAGUCUGCCUUCUCGCUGCCAUCAGAGACCCUGGAGCGCUUCAGACACAGUCACUGAAGCUUAACAUGUGUCUCUUCCAUCCUGGAUCAGACUGCAGCUCUCUCCUUCCACGUAGGUUUCACCCCCUCUACCUUUAAUAUGAUCACUUGCGGCUCUCAGGCCUUUGCACUUCUUCUGGGCCACUGGGACCAUCUCAGCCAACAGGUAUCUCCACAAAUCCACACAGGAUCUCAUAGUUCCAAAAAGAACUAACAUACUCAGCUUUAUUUUUACUCGGGACAAGCCCAUGUGCUUAGUACAUCAAACUUACAGUGAAAACCAUUUAAAAUACAAAUAUAUAUAUAUAUAUAUAUAUAUAUAUAUAUAUAUAUAAUAUUAGCAAGCUAGCAAUUAUAAGUAAUUCAUGAACUGUAUUGGGAUCGACCGAUUAUCAGUUUUACUGGUAUUAUCGUCCAAUAUUCUGUAUUUUCGGCAAUAUAGGUAUCGGCCAAUAAAGAUUACAAGCCCGGCGGUUCGGGGGGGGGGGUUUAGCAAGCUAUUAUUUUCCCAGCAGCUCCCUUCAGCUCCCUGUAUAAAUCUUGCAAGUCCCGCGGAUGUCAGAGCGUUGCCACGGGUUACCAUGGCAACACUCCGCGCAGCACGCUGGCCACGAGAUUUAAACAAGGGAGCUGAAGGUAAGUUACAGCUUGCUGCGGGCCCCCACUGCUCAGUACAUGCCACUGAACCACCAGAGAAUGCCAUAGUCUCCUCUCCCUGACCAGGUAACAAGCAGGGAGAGGGGCCAAAAAAAAUAAAGAAAACAUAAAUAUUAAAAAUAAAAUUAAAAAAUGCCCCCCCCCCCCCAUUUUACACAAAUCCCUUCAGAAACAAACACACACUCUGCAUUAUAUACACACACUCUGCAUUAUAUACACACUCUACACAAACGCACACACACACUGCAUUCAUUAUAUACACACGCUAUAAAAACACACACACUCUGCAUUCAUUAUAUACAUACACUAUACAAACACACUCUGCAUUCAUUAAAUACACACUACAAAAACACACACACUGCAUUCAUUAUAUAUACACACACACACUAUACAAACACACACACUCUGCAUUCAUUAUAUACACACACUACACAAACACACUGCAUUCACUUUAUGCAUACUACACAAACACACUGGAUUCACUUUACGCACACUACACACACACUGCAUUCACUUUACACACAUCACACACUACAUUCACUAUACACACAUUACACAAACACACUGCAUUCACUUUAUGCAUACUACACAAACACACUGCAUUCACUUUACGCACACUACACACACACUGCAUUCACUUUACACACAUCACACACUACAUUCACUAUACACACAUUACACAAACACACACUCUGUAUUCACUAUAUAUACACUACACAAACACUCACUGCAUUCAUUAUAUACACACUACACAAAUACACACUGCAUCCACUACACAAACACACACAGCUCCCCUGUUUUAACACACUGCAUCCACUACAUGUGGCAUGUAUAUUUUUUUCAUUUAAGUUCACAGAUUAUUGGUAUCUGCUCUAAAAAAAUCAAUAUCGGUCGAUCCCUAAACUUUAUAGUACAAAUAACAUUUUUAAACACAAAAAAGGCAUUAAUAUAUGCAUUUAGCCAUGUGUUUGGUUGCCUUAAGUUGUAUAAAAGCAUUAUGUAAAUGUACACACUCAGCAGAGGGCACUGCAGAGUGGAGUAACAAUGAAUAGUUUGUUUUUCAAUUGCUACCAUCACAAGCCCCUUUUAGAGGACCAGGGACCAGGUCCAUAGGCUGUUGGCAAGAGUAGUUCCUUCAAGCCUCUCCAAAAUCUAGCUUAUUUUAUUCAGGAUUUAGGAAUAUGUACCCACUGGGCUUAAUAUUUCUUCUAUUUCUGAAGUGGUGACUAUUCUUAUGGUAAAUAAAAGGAAGUUGGGUCUUCCAUGUACUCAUAACUACUAAAUAACUAAUAAAGUAAACCAUAUGCAUAAAGACCCUUUUCAUCUCCUGUUAAAUGCCUUUGCUGUAGGCUUUAAUUGUUCCAUCUGCUUUUCACAUUCUUUGAUGUGAGUCUGUACAGUGUGUGAAGCCAGCCAUUUCCAGGUCAGGCUGUUUGCCCAGUGCGCUUUGAUAUCUGAAAUUUUGAGGACAGUAUAACAGUCUCGCUCUAUCUCCCCCCAGACCAGGAGGACAUACCAGAGCAACACGAAUGUGACAUUUCCCAUCCAUCAGAGGGCUUGGCCCAUAACAAUCCUUUCAUUGCCGAUGUGCAAAGAACACCUUCUCCACAAUUGGACUCCUGUAAGUUCAGAAAGCCUCCAAACCAACGGGAUGUAAAAAUGUUGAAUUUUACUUUUUUUUCUGUGUAUACAUUUGUUUUACAGUAUGACUAGCUGGACAAAAGUGGUAAGUGGUGUCCCUUAGGGUUCUGUUCUGGAACCACUUAACAUAUUUAUAAAUGAUAUUGAAAUAAUCUUCAAAAGUCAUGUUUCAAUAUUUGCAGAUGACACAAAACUCUGUAAUACAAUGUGAGCAGGAUAUUGCUUUGCUGCAGGGGGAUUUAGAUAGAUUAGGGGAGUGGGCACUCCAAUCACAGAUGACAAUUAAUAUAGAAAAAGGCAAAAGUUAAGUACUUUGGGGUAAAGAAUGCACAAGUUACUUUCACCCUAAAUGCUAGUGAAAUAGGAAUUAUAACACGCAAGAAGGAUUUUGAAAUUGUUAUAGACCACAAACUAGGCAACAAUGUGCAUUGUCAAUUGCUAAGGCCGUAAGAUAUUGUCAUGUAUAAAUAGUGGCAUUAAUUCUCAGGAUUAAAAUAUAGUUUUGCCUCUUUAUAAAUUAUUGAUAAGACCACACCUUGAAUAUGCUGUGCAAUUUUGGCCACCUGUUCUAAUGAAGGAUAUCAUGGCACUAGAAAAAGUGCAGAAGUGGGCUUCAAAACUGAUAAAAUUAAUUAAACAUUUUAGUUAUGAAGAAAGGCUGACAAAUUUAAAUCUGUUUAGUUUAGAAAAACGGUGCCUCAGAGAGGAUAUGAUUGCAUUAUACAAAAAUAAAUAAAACCCUUGUCUAGAAAUCUAUUCGUAAACUGGACUAUGCACAGGACACAAGGUCACGCAUUAAGACUGGAAGAAAGGAGAUUUAGUCUAAGGCAAAGGAAAGGGUUUUUUACAAUAAAAACAAUAAUGAUGGGGAAUUAUCUGCUUGAACAUGUGGUUUUAUCAGAAUCUGUACAGCUAUUUGAUGAAUACGUGCAAAAAUAUAAUAUUCAGGGAUAUAAUUUUUUUUAAUUUGUGGGGUAAUGGCUCCUUGAUCCAAGGAGAGACCUGACUGCAUUUCUGCGGUCACGAAAUAAUGUUUUUCCUAGUUUGUUGUAAAAUUGAAAGCACUUCUUUUGCCUUCUUUUGGAUCAACAGCAAAAACAUAUGUGAGAAAGGCUGAACUUGAUUGACAGCAUUCUGUGUCUGAGCCACUGUAUUUUGUUUUUACCAUUGUCAUUACUAGUUAUCUCUUAUUGCCACUGCUAGCCAUCUAACUUUCUCUAAAUCAUUAACAUCUCACUUGAGUUUAUCACAGUGAAAUUAUGGAACUAGUAUUUUUUUUUAUUUUCGAGCAGUUAAUUUACUUACCUGUCAGACAGUUUUGCCUGAUAUAAAUCUUUGCAUCUUUCAAUAUCUCAUGUAUUGGAUACUGUUUUUGGGCAGAGAGGCAAUAUAUAUUCUGAAUAAUAUUCUGAAGCUGCAUAAUAAAUCUCAAAGUGUCUUAGAGCCAUUUCUCAAUCACUUACAUUUUUGCAUGGUUCAGCUUAGUGUUUGGUCAUCUACAGGGGCAAACUAAAUCCCAUUUAUAUCUUUUCAGCAACUAGUCAGCAGAAAAAACCCAAAAUCUCAAAUGAGCAGGAUGACAUAGAAGAAGAAAUAAAUACAUAUGACACCCAGAACAAAUCUGGACGGCAGCUGGAAGAAUAUCAUUCACUGGAGAAUGAAGCUGAACCUAAAGAGGUAGGAACUUUUCUUUCAUUGGUUUCUUUGAGAGGAACUUUAUAAUAAAGCAAAAAAUAGAAAUAAUACCACUGUAAGUGGUCAAAGUCAACAAGAGGUUACAUUGGCACAAUAUACAACCACCAGUGAGUGUCCAAGUCAAAACACUUGUGAAACCACACAUCAGAGGGCGCUAGAUAACCAGAAAAAUGAUCUCAUAUUUACCCAUCCUGGUAUAAUGAAUGUGGGAUAGGGCUCAAGCCCAAAGAAUGAGAAACUGAAAAGGAGAGAGAUAUAAGUUAAAAAUACAAGCAAUUUAUUUGACAAUAGUGAACAACAAUAAUAAUAAAAAAAAAAAAACAGCACAGAUGAGUCCAUAGUAAGCACUAAUGGUAUAAAAUGAUGGAAAGAAAAACCCCUUCGGUCGCGACUCCUUGGGGUUAAAUAAUACUUAUAAAGUGCUAAAACCAGAAAAAAAAAAGUAACUAAAAGUCACCAAACUCUGAAACUGCAGGGCAUUGCUGGUAGUGCUCGACGCGUUUUGUCACGUGGUUGUCAGGACUUCCUCAAGAGCUGGAGUGUAGUGAUGGGAGUCUCUCUCCGAAUCUUCUUAAACGGCUACAUCUACGCGCCCAAUUUGUGAACGGGCGCGUGCUCAUACGGACACAUUCACUUCCUGGUAGUCGUGUACAUAGACGUAUCACCUGACGUCCUGUUACGCGACCCUGGAAGAGUCCGUCGCGCAUGCGCUUCCACCGUGGAGCGCAAAUCAACUUUAUUGGCAACCACAACCCUGCCCCAAAAUGGCAUAAGUUCUUACAAUUAAGGCAGCCAUUUGUGGCAGAGGUAUGUAACAAAGGAUGCCAGAUAUACACGAGACCUUGGUAUACUACAAAAUAGAGAUAUGUGACAUGUCAUAUUAAACACCAAAAAAUAUUUUUAAAAAAGGGGGAAAGAACAAUCAAUUGAAAAAGAGAGUAAUUAUCAAUUUAGAGAAACGUGAAAAAUUCAUAAAUUAAGGUGUAUGCAAAAAUUUAUUUAUGGUACACCUUACAUUCUAGUAUAUUAAAAGAAAUACAAAUGUAAAAACCUCUAGUACGUUUAAGCUGAAUUCACAUAAAAUGCAUACGUGGAAUGAUUUAAAACCGGUGGCAUGAAUGUCGUCAAGGAAUAAAAUACAUAAUAUACUUUAGGGUUAUGUGGCGGAACAGGCCUCGCCACGUGUUCUUGGAGGGGGCUGCUUGCCCGCCUCCUACCUUCUGACUAUGGCCCUGGGAUAUAUGGCAUUUGAAAACACUAUUUGUGCCCUGUGACAAAACUGGAGAUUGUGCACAAAUAUGACUAUUGUCCAUAUUUUUUAUGAUUCCCUUCGUUUGUUGCACUGUUCUCCAUAUGUUUCAUCUGUUGGUCUGGCUGGAUAGACUGCCAGACAAACUGUGGAGUUACUGGGUGGCCACCAUUUCAUGUAUCAGAGGCACAUGGUGAGAACAAUGGAUGAAGCACAUGGUGAGAACAAUGGAUAGCAGCCAUUUUAACUCACUGUUUGGACUUUUCUACACGGUGCCAUCUCGCCGCUAUUUGGUGCACAAAGACAUCGUGCAGUAGUUUUAAACUAUACAACAGGGGACACAUUAUACAGUAAUUAUUUUUCAUAUAGCCUGUAUAUGUUCUGCGGAAUCUGCAUUAAACUGUAUCUUCCAAACUACUGAACGGAUCUGGGUGAAUUUUGGAUAUGUGGUUCACCGAGAUCCCCCUUUUACGAGGAUAUUUGUAUGGGGUUAUUGCAUGUUUAUAAUAGUGUAUUUCUCUGCCUGUGAUAAUUAUAUUAACCAUUGUGUUCAGUAAUCAUAUCACAGGCAGAGGGGAGGAUUUUGUGUGGGAGUGUCUGUGUGUAUUGUACGGAUUGAUUGGUUGUAUUUCAAAACCCUGUGUGCAGUACUGUGUUUGUGGAUUGUGAAUAAAAGAGGCUGUAUGUGCCAGUACAGUCAGUUCUGCUUGACCUCAAAACGAAGUGUCGUCUCGUUAUUGUGGGAAUUGGAUUGUAUGCUGAUUGCCAGGAGUGUAAGCUGAUUGAAUGCUUUUCCUGUUCAGCUGCUUAGAGCAUUCGUAUGCUUCUCCGGUUCGGUGGUUGUGGUGUCUGCUGCAGUGCUUGGAGUCCUCAGGAAGCGCUAGGAGCAUCCUUCAACGGAGGUACCCAGUCGGGGUGCCAGGUGAUCUGUUAUAGGUUAUAAGAAAAAUGAUACAGAUAAAAACAUUUUUAUUAAUUUUUUUUUUUUUUAAAUGGGAAAGGUCGCACCCAAUGCGUUUUUGACCUACAGUUCCUUAGAUAUAGGACUCCUAAGUCUAAGGAUAUGUAGGUCUGAAACGCAUUUUGUGUUUAGUGUGACCUUUUGUUACUUUUUGUUUUGUGCCUAUUAAACCUCCUGUGGAUUUUGAACGUUUGCAGUAGCACUAUUUCUGCUUAUUAGUUUUAUGAUAGGAUUUGGUUUCUACACCUGGUGACCUGACAUCCACUCGGAUAAGUGGAAACGUUGCGUUCCCGUUACCUUUAUGUGUUUUUUUUUUUUUUUUAUGCUUAGAGAUUUAUGCUAGAUUCAUUUUGGAAUUUUGCUGCACCGGUUCAAAUUUUUUUUCAAACUUUGUAAAGAAGACAUAAAAUUCCUGGCCAUACAUUUCAUUUACAUAUGUUAAUUAAUCUAAAAACUGCAAUGACAUGUAUCUUUAUAGGGUAUAGCUUUGCUGAAAAAGGUAAUUGCAGAGUAUGUGUAAAAAAAAAUUAUUAUUUUCAUUAUAUUGAAUAAAUAACGCAGCAUAUGGAACUAUUGCAUAUGGAGAACCUGCUUUAUACAGCAAUGUUAUAUAUUUUAUAAAAUCAGGUAAACCUACCAAUCACCUAUUGUUAAAAUCUACUUUUAAUUCAAGAAAACAUCACAUAACACUAUUUUAUCUAGCUAUUUAUGUUGUGAUUUGUAUAUUAUUGGCACUAUAUAAAUGAUAAUAAUAAUAUUUCCUUUUCCUUCUAAGAAAUUGAUGACCGAGUCCAAAAUAUCUGAAACAGAAAGAGAAAUAGAUGAGGAUCAUCUAAGACUGAGGGAACCUGAAGAUGCAGGUUCUUCAGCUAAAGUUGGUGUGAGUCCCAUGGACAAGUACAUGCAAAUGCUUGCCCAGAACCGAGCCGAGGAGCAGACUGAGAAGGUAGGAUGGCAUUCCGUAACGUAGACCCUGAAUGGAGCUUGUCUUGUCUUGCGGAAGCUGUUUAGUAAUAUAGUCUUUGUGCAUCUUCCUUGGAACAAUCCUCUUCUAUGCUUUCUUCCCCUUUUAGCAGUACUGCUGACUUAUAGUGUGUCUAUUUUCUUGGAAGAUGAGGCAGCGGUUUAACUUUAGCAACAAAAUGAAUCAUUCUGGAAAAAUAAGUACUAUAAACCUUGCUUUGUCUGGAACAGUGUGAACUAUCUGCUUUUUUUUUUAAAUCUUUUAUGAAAAUGUAGUACACAAAUAUGAGGGUUUUUUAAUCUUUAAUCACAGGUCAAAAAUGAUAUGCUAUUUUUAACCCUAUUAAAAUAUUUUUUUACUCCAAACAUAUUUUAUUUUUAUUUUUUUUAGUUUUUUGUGUGGUGAUUAUUAAUAUUAUUAUUGUUUAUUAUUAUUUAUAAAGCGCCAACAAAUUAUAGAAUAAUUGCAUUUAAAGAUAGAUCAGUACCAAAAUAAUCUGAUCUCAUCUAAAUUUGGUAGGUUAUAAUUUUAAUUUCUAAAAUAGGAAAGACAACAGAUGAUUCCACCGUCCGCUACCAUCUGGAGCUUAGAAUCAUUGUCUCACGCCUUUAAAGGAAAAAUAGUUAGUUUUGGUCCAUAAGCCCACCUUUUACACCCUUAUCACCGAACUGUAGUGUUUCUGGAGGUAUAAUUCAGCUGUUAGUUUUCCACAAUAGAAAGCAUACAACUGAACUACAAUUCUCCCUUUACUAUGCCCAUAAAGCACUACUAAUGGAGUAAGCUCAACUAGAGCUUUAAGUGAGUGACCUGCUGUGGUGAGAGUUUACAGCAGACGCUGCAAAGCUUGGGGACUUACAUGCAAGGGCUUCAAAUCUUUUAUCUACACUGCUCAAAAAAAUAAAGGGAACACUUAAACAACACAAUGUAACUCCAAGUCAAUCACACUUCUGUGAAAUCAAACUGUCCACUUAGGAAGCAAGACUGAGUGACAAUCAAUUUCACAUGCUGUUGUGCAAAUGGGAUAGACAACAGGUGGAAAUUAUAGGCAAUUAGCAAGACACCCCCAAUAAAGGAUUGGUUCUGCAGGUGGUGACCACAGACCACUUCUCAGUUCCUAUGCUUCCUGGCUGAUGUUUUGGUCACUUUUGAAUGCUGGCGGUGCUUUCACCAGUGGAAGCAUGAGACGGAAUCUACAACCCACACAAGUGGCUCAGGUAGUGCAGCUCAUCCAGGAUGGCACAUCAAUGCGAGCUGUGGCAAGAAGGUUUGCUGUUUCUGUCACCGUAGUGUCCAGAGCAUGUAGGCGCUACCAGGAGACAGGCCAGUACAUCAGGAAAGGUGGAGAAGGCCGUAGGAGGGCAACAACCCAGCAGCAGGACCGCUACCUCUGCCUUUGUGCAAGGAGAAACAGGAGGAGCACUGCCAGAGCCCUGAAAAUUGACCUCCAGCAGGCCACAAAUGUUCAUGUGUCUGCUCAAACAGUCAGAAACAGACUCCAUGAGGGUGGUAUGCGGGCCCGACGUCCACAGGUGGGGGUUGUGCUUACAGCCCAACACCGUGCAGGAUGUUUGGCAUUUACCAGAGAACACCAAGAUUGGCAAAUUCGCCACUGGCGCCCUGUGCUCUUCACAGAUGAAAGCAGGUACACACUGAGCACAUGUGACAGACGUGACAGAGUCUGGAGACGCCGUGAAUAACGUUCUGCUGCCUGCAACAUCCUCCAGCAUGACCGGUUUGGCAGUGGGUCAGUAAUGGUGUGGGGUGGCAUUUCUUUGGGGGGCCGCACAGCCCUCCAUGUGGUAGCCUGACUGCCAUUAGGUACCGAGAUGAGAUCCUCAGACCCCUUGUGAGACCAUAUGCUGGUGCGGUUGGCCCUGGGUUCCUCCUAAUGCAAGACAAUGCUAGACCUCAUGUUGCUGGAGUGUGUCAGCAGUUCCUGCAAGACGAAGGCAUUGAAGCUAUGGACUGGCCCGCCCGUUCCCCAGACCUGAAUCCAGUUGAGCACAUCGGGGACAUCAUGUCUCGCUCCAUCCACCAACGUCACGUUGCACCACAGACUGUCCAGGAGUUGGCAGAUGCUUUAGUCCAGGUCUGGGAGGAGAUCCCUCAGGAGACCAUCCGCCACCUCAUCAGGAACAUGAACAGGCGUUGUAGAGAUAUCAUACAGGCACGUGGAGGCCACACACACUACUGAGCCUCAUUUUGACUUGUUUUAAGGACAGUACAUCAAAGUUGGAUCAGCCUGUAGUGUGUUUUUCCACUUUAAUUUUGAGUGUGACUCCAAAUCCAGACCUCCAUGGGUUGAAAAAUUUUAAUUUCUAUUUUUUAAUUUUUGUGUGAUUUUUGUUGUCUGCACGUUCAACUAUGUAAAGAACAAAGUAUGAAAUAUUGAAUUCAUUCAGAUCUAGGAUGCGUUAUUUUUGUGUUCCCUUUAUUUUUUUGAGCAGUGUAUAUAAUACAUUAAAAAAAGAAUGUGUCCUUUUCAGCCGGGAAUGCACUGUUAAAAGUUACACUGUACCCCAGACUCCUAAAGCUUGCUGAAGUGAUUUAUGUGUGAAGAGUGCAUCCUUUUUUCUAAUUUGACAGAAAUUGCUGAUAUAAAUUUGAGAGUACCUGCUUCCUCCUCUAAGCCUGAGUUAGGAGAGGUAGGAAGGAUUGCAAAGGCUUCAAAAAAUAAAUCUGUAAUGAAAAAUGCAUGGUUUAAUGUGGGUAUAACUACUAAACAGUGACUUAUUAUGACUGGAAGAGCAUGAUGGAAAAUGUAGUUUACAACAUCUGGCGUGCCAAAGGUUGCCUACCCCUGGUUUAGAAGACGUUAAAUAUCAGACUCUUUUUAGCUCAUCCUCUUGCUGGUUAAUGCUGAAUAACAGCCUCCCACAUAGCAGAAUUACAUACAGAUCCAGACUCAUGAUUUCCAGUGGGCGGUUUUCUCUGCAGAGCAGUCACAUGCACAAUAUAUAUUUGCAGUUGUGUGGGAGCACAUCAUUAAUGCUCAUCAUUGUAAGCUCAUCUCUUUCAAUUUUAUUUUAUCUCAAAUUUAUAUUUUCAGAAACUACUACUACUGUCAUUGCCCCUCUCCAAGUGCUACAAUAUUGCAGACAUGUCACAUUUCUACAUUAAAGGAGACCAGUCAUAUGUGUAUUUUACAACUGUAGGCAAAAUACAGUUCCAUUAUAUGAGGGAACAUACUUUAAUUCCAGUGAAAAACAUUUGCUUAUGCUUACUUCAAAUUACUGAUGCCACUAAUGAACAGAAGAAGGGAAACAAGCCAAACUAUGCUUUAUAGGUUAUCAGUGCUGUAUCUAUCGCGAGGCUAAAGAGACAUUUGCUUGGGGGGCACUUUCCAAGGGGGCCCAGGCAACUUUAGGAAAGGCCUUGUUAGCCUUGUGUCAUGGUGGGCUCAAGAGCUGGUCACCUUAGAGGCCCUCCCCAUCCUCCCACGUUGGAGGCUGUAUGCAAUGUAGACAUUGGCAAGGGAGCUGUGAUCUUCUUGCACUGAGGGAUCAGAGAAACCCCACACUGGACCAAAUCCACUCUAGCUCUCCCAAAGGUAGGGAGGCUGGACUUAAUUAAAAUAAAAUAACAAUAAUGUGUGUGUAUGAGAAAGUGUCUGUGUGUGUCUGUGAGUGAGUGAGUGUGCUAGUGAAAGUGUGUGUCUGUCAUUGAGUGUGUAUGACUCAGUGAAUGUGUCAAAACAGUGUGUGUCAGUUUAUAUGUAUCUGAGAGUGUGUCUGUCAGUGAAAGUGUAUGUUGGUUAAACUAUGUGAGUGCCAAUGACUGUGUGUCUAUUUUAAGAGAACGAGGUAGUGCACACACUGUUGGAGGAUACUCCCACUAGGGUGCCUCUAAACAGGGAAGGCCAAUUUCCAAGUCAACUCAAUCUUCAAAAUACACAUCUGGGCACACCCGUGGUUUCCUCAUAAGGCAGUCUUUAUUGAAGGAGCAUAGAAAGCAGACAACGUUUCGGCACUCUUGUGUGCCAUUGUCAAGUCUAGACAUGUCGUCGUUUAGUCAUUGUCCCAGAAUAGCUUCAUUAAUAGUUUUUUUAAUUGAAUUAAGCUAGUUACAGACAUAUUUGAGCAGCUGCAGUAGACUUUAAGUGAGUGACCUGCUUUGGUGAGAGCUCACAGCAGAAGCUGCAAAGCUUGAGUAAUUAAAUGCAAGGACCUUAAAUCUUUUUAUCUAUAUAGUACAUUGGAACUUUUAUAAAUCAACCUUGUUACACCCCCGACUGUCAAUCAUAACCGGUCCUGUUACUUACUGGUCUGUUUAGCACGGAGCCUGGUUUGGUUAGCUAUUCAAAAGUGCUAGAAGGGUUUAUGAAACGCAGAGGGGAUAGUUUGACGUGUCUGUCUUCAGAUAACUAGUAGGGGGCUUAUAGCAGCAGAAAUAAUUGUACAUAUCUGCUGCUAUAAGAAAUAGACUUCAUAGAUGGGGGCUUCAUUCACCAUAACCUAUUUUAUUUCAGAACUGACUCCUAACUGUAGUGAACUGAAAACAAAAUCUCACACAAAAAGUGCAGAUUUGUUAAAAGUCUCCUACCUGGCUAAAGUAACAGCUUUGCUAAUUUAGCCUCAAUUUUGCAAGUCAGUUUUCCGUUUACUAUAAAUACAUGUUUAAUAAAUAAUCCCUCUUGAGUAUGUAGCACAAAUGUAAAAGAACAUUUUGAUCCUAAAGAGAUCACGUUCGAAGUACUGUAUGAUAUUAGUAAGGAACUCAUAGGUAGCCAUUUUGUUAGAGAACGUUCUAGAAACAUCUUUUGUGGCAGAUGUUGCAACAAUGUCUCAAAUAGGCCUCUACUAUCAAUGUUUUUGUACUUGUCGCUGGAUAAUUGCUGUUUUUCUUCAAUCGUCAUCGUGCCACAUUUCCAAGUGUACUUAACACAGGACAUUGACCUUAAUUGUGAAGAACGUUUAAUUUGCUGCAUGCUAAACAAUUCUGAUGUAGUUUGUGCUUCAAGGCAAUGUUCUGUGAUAAUGUGAAUUCCCACAAUUCUUUGAACUUCUGUAAAUGAGUUUGUGUAAAUUGUUGUAGAAUUUAGUUUUAUCUACAUAUAUAGCUUGUGUUUUCAAUGUCAUAAAAUUCAAAGAGCAGUGCGGUUUUUCUUCUGACCAAAAAAGAUUUCAUUGUUCAUUGGAAAACAAAGGAUAUUUAGAAUACAUUUUUCCAACAAACCUCUAAACUUGAGCAAUACACAUGGAAACCAGUAUCAUGUUCUUGUUCUGAUUAAUCAGCAUUGCAAACUUUAUUAUAAUUUCACUAUUUUUUUCCCCUUGUAAACUCUUUUUGCUUUUCCCUUAAAAUGAAUUUGAAGUACUAUUUUAGGGACUGUAGAUCGUUUUAUAGUGAUCCGACACAUGGUUUGUUCAACUGUAGAACUAUAAAUUCUGAUAUUCUUGAUACAUGCAUUACAACAAUUAAUGAGUACUUUGAAGUUAUAUAAUAUUUUUCCUGCAUGAUUUUUGCUUCCAGUUUGGUGAUUUGAAAUUUGCAUUCUGACGCAUUUUAAUUUGUAACCGUCUGUGUUUUAACUCAAACACUAUCUCUCACUUUCCAUCAUAUGUUAAAAAUGAUACCAAUUUUUCUUGGUUUUGUUGUGGUUUUUAGGUUAAUAAAGAAUCCCUGGAGGAGCUUUCAGUGGUUGAAAAACUAUCUAAUGACAGGUAAGUCAUAGAAAAAGAAGGGAGGGAAAAAAAUCUAUAUUUUUCAGUAAGCUUUAAUGGAAUCUUUCAGAACACGUAAAAAAAGGAAAAGGACUAAUUUUGGUGAACAAUUUGUUUAAAGGCGGACUAUAGGGUCAGGAACACAAACAUGUAUUCCUGACCCUAUAGUGUUAAAACCACCAUUUAGCCACCCUGGUCCCCUCAUGCCUCCCUACAUAUAGUAAAAUCGUACUUGUGUUCAAGUCUGCAGCUGCCUACUUUGUCCCUGUUUCCUUUAGAUCUGCCCAUUGCCUGCUAACAUCAUCAGACGUGGUGGCCUGAUCCAAUCACAAUGCUUCCCGAUAGGAUUGGCUGAGACCGACAAGGAGGCAGAUCAGGGGCAGAGCCAGCAUGAUUCAAACACAGCCCUGGCCAAUCAGCAUCUCCUCAUAGAGAUGAAUUGAAUCAAUGAAUCUCUAUGAGGAAAGUUCAGUGUCUGCAUGCAGAGGGAGGAGACACUGAAUGUUUGGAUGCAUUUUAGGCAGCCAUGACCCAGGAAGGAUCUCUAACAGCCAUCUGAGGAGUGGCCAGUGAAGUUAUCACUAGGCUGUAAUGUAAACACUGCAUUUUCUCUGAAAAGACAGUGUUUACAGCAAAAAGCCUGAAGGUGACUAAUGAUUCUACACACCAGAACAAAUACAAUAAGCUGUAGUUGUUCUGGUGACUAUAGUGUCCAUUUAACUUUGUUUGGAACACACAGUCUGUCAGUUCUUUUGAGGCUUUAUGUUUUGGUAUUUCUGCAUUGCUUGGGACUUUCCAGAUUGGUUUGUGAUCUCAACACCAACUUUAAAUUAGUAAUUGUUACUAUGCUAUUAUAUUCUCCUGCUGCUAAUUUGCCAGGCUUUGCAGUGAGUUUUAUCAAAGCAUAAAGUUACUCAGCCAUUCAUACUGGAAAAGUUGUCUUAGUGAGCACAGUAAAGGUUUCUGGGAGUGGCAGUUCUAUUGUCCGCAUUAUACAUUAGAAAGCUGCAUAAGAAAUGACAUCACACACAACAGUGUUUUUGGAGCAAAAUGUGAAAUGCUGCAGUAAAUUAUGUGAAAGCAGAAAAAAUAGGGUUAUGGAACAAAAUUAUAAUUUUAAAAUACCUACAUUUACUGUAAUCAAUACAUUGCUCCUACUGAAGUGCCCCUUAAUAUCACACUAAGAUUUUUGUGUGAAAACAUUGUAAUACUACUACUCCAAUGACAGUGUUUAACUGUAUUAAAUAUUCUCAGACGGAUUACCUGUUAAUUAUUUGCUGCUGUUCGUUUUUUGUUUUCUUUUCAUAGACCUAGCCCUUAUGUUGUUUAUUUCAAUGGUGGUGUCUAGCGUGAAAAGAGAAGGGCGAUAUACUUAAAGGGAAACUAUAGUGUUUGUUUUCCUGGCACUAUAGUUCCUUAUAGUGCCCCCUACGUCACCUGCUAAUUAUUGCAGUUUAUUAAAAACUGCAAUAAUUAGCUUUGCAGUAUUAAGGGAUUUAGGACUAUGCACCCAGACCACUUCAAUUAACUGAAGUGGUCUGGGUGCCUAAAGGUUCCCUUUAACUGAUGAUCUCCAUCCUUGGAAAUCUAUUGUGUAAUGUAUGUAAAGGUCCCUUUACCACAACAAUCCUGAGUGACCGCUGAUAGAUAGUGGCAAGGUUAUCAAACCUCUGCAUUUUGUACGAGAUAGAUUAAAGCAAAAGAAAAUGUAUAUGUAAGAGAAAAGUACUGCAUUUAGAUUUUUAAAUUUCCAACGCAGUGCGUGUAAAAUACAGGCUAAUUACAGCAGCCCUGUAAUGGCAAUUUUCAGAAAGUUUUUAAACAAGAUAGCAUUGCAAAUACAUCCACAAAGUACGGAUUGUAGUCAAGUGCAAAGUAACAGGAGUGGUAUCACAAUAAAUGAGAUUUAAAGAGUAGAUCACACCCUCUCCCCAAAAUAGGGAUUCAUUUUUUUCCCUGUAUUCCACAAUCGCUCUCUGUUCCUAUGGGUGCUCUUUAGCAUGUUAAGAAAGAGCAGCAUUGUGAGAUUGUGUUAUGCAAUGUUAUGCCUAUUAAAAUUGUUUAUUUUUUUUAUUUAGCAUAACGGCUCUGUCUCAUGAAGAAGCAGAUGAUGACUUCUGGUAA